AUGACUCAGUUCUUUGAGCAUAUUAUCCCUUUUUGGUUGCUUCUGGCGUUAUGCAUAGGUAAGGAUCAACGGGCAAUAUCAUAUAAUAUUAAAAAAAGGUAUAGGUUAAAUGAAGAUAUAUCCUGACUCGGCGAGAGAAUAUCAAUUGAUAUCCUCUUGGACUCGACCAUAUCUCUUGACUGUACAUUUACAAAACCCACUUCGGGCAAGGAGUAAUAUUUGGAAUUGAACACUGUUAGGAAGAUUUCAAAUGUGCUUUUCCUCAGCAAAGUGUGAGCAAGAAUGAAGAAAAAACAGGUAAUUGAGUCCCAAGAGCCCGAAACUUCGUGCAUGCAUGCAAACACACGGUUGAUUGUAUAUUUUUUUGUUUGUUUUUUUUUACGUUGCAGUUAGGAGGAAAUAACUACACGAAAACAAAGAGAAGCUGGAACUAAAUAAUAAGCAUCCAAAAAAAAAAAUACCAAAGCUCACAUUAUUUUAGAUUUCAAUACAGCUAACAAAAAAAACUUUCAAAUCAGCGAGAUAUUUCAAAAUUUGCCUUUGAAUUUGGGUAUCGAGAAUUGCUUUUUCGCAGAAUUUUGUCAAUGUUUUGACAUGCAAUUACGAUUUUUUCGUAUCCUGAUUUUCGUAAAUGAUGUGGAACUCGGUAAUUUGAUUUGUGGAGAUUUUAAGUAAAACAGAGGAAAGUCCGGACAGGGAUAAUGUUUCGUCAUUUCGUUUUUUGUGUGCGAAAUGGAUAGAAAGCAAUGACUUGCCUUGUCGAAAUAAGCAACACCUUGCAAACAGCCAUGAAAUUUGUAAAUUAUUGUCUGCGUCCAAUCUCAAUCUUUAAUGUAGUAAAAUAGUGUGGCGUUUUAACUUUCAGGCAAUGUUAAUACUAAGGCAUUACAAAGAACGCCGGCAGAGGACUUGAACAACAGGGAAGAUUUCAAAAAGCAACUUGAAGAUUUAACGCAAGUUAUAAAGAAACUUCAGGAUGAGUUUGAAAAUGACGGUAAGAUAAGGACACCCUGAGCUGACUUAUAAUCUUUAUUAGCUCACAUCGAACUAUUACAUUAAUAGAUAGACUUCUUCGUUCAUUGCAAUCUACAUCUUAGUCGUUCUUUGGGAUGUUACACAACGCUACUCUUCCCGACUUCCCGAACCAAGUGGCGGUUCUUUCGAGGUGAUUGUUGCGUGACGUGCUAAAGGACAACUGAGAAGGAGAAAACAUUAAUUGAUGAGGCUUUGUCAAAAAAAGAUCCUUUGCACGUCGCAUUGCCUUGUCUUUGUGUAAACAACAUGUGGUUAUUAGUUUGAAAUAGAAAGCAAAAAUUUAAAGGUAAAAUACCACCUCACAUCCAUUGCGAUAGCACGCACAAAAAAAACCGCGUAGCAGAAUCAUGCUACCAUGUUUAAAGGUCAGUUACGCAUACAUAAACAGCCAAACAACAACAACAACAACAACAACAACCACAACAAAGAAUGAAAUAAAAAACAGGGAUGCUGAAAUUGAUUCUGAGGUUGCUGGCAAAAAUGGAAGAGUAAGAAUAUUUGCAUGAUCCGCGAAAAAUAUAAAGUUACAUGGCCACCAACAUCAAUCAAUACUUAUCUCUUUCUUGGUUUCUUUUUUAAGGUAACCACAGAAAAAGAAACAUUUUGAAUUUGCGUGACUCUGAAGAAGGAGAAAAGAAAGGAGGAAAGGAAAAAAAUUCAUCGAGAAAUAACAUGGUGAGUGCCAACUUUGUGGCAUAGAAGUUGAACUACUGGGUAAUUCAGUUCUGUAGUUCAAUUUCUUGUAGUGUCGAGAAUAAUGUAUUUAGUUCAGAAAACGAGCAUUGUUUCCAAGAAACACCAUCUUUCACCUCCUAAAAAUACGUCUUUUUUUAAAAUUUAUAUGAGCUAACGUUGUUAAUGUGACGGUAGGUGUCCUGGUCUUUCCUGAAUCAUGUCUAAAAUACCAGUCAGUCGGCUAAACAAACAAUGCUUUGACUUACUUUUGCUGAAUCUGGAUUCUGUGACUUAAAUUGCCUGUUCAUUUUCAUGUGCAUCCACUGAAAUUGAGAUCAAGCAGGCAGACAGCGAUUGCCUGCAAUGGAUCAUUACUUCAAAUCAAUACAUCAAAGUAAGGAUGUCAUUAAUCCUUGCUCUUGACACUGUAGUCCUUAUCAUUCCUUUUCUAACUUCAAUGGUUCCCGGUAACCACUUCGAUCUUCCUCAAGGAAACUUCUUUAUUUAACCAAACGUGGUUUGGUAAUCCAUUCGCAUCCGAAAAGUGUUCCUUGAUCUUUUGAUUAAAAUAAUAUUUGAGACACAUUUUCAAUGUGUGCUUUACUUCUCCUUCCAGUUCAAAGGAACAGCUCUUGGGGAAAAAUUGUUGGAGGCCGGGGUCAAUUUACUGACAAAGGAGUUAAACAGUAGAGUAAAUACCAAAGAACAGGAAAAAAAAUCAGACUCUGGGUCCAAGGUGCUUAUAACAUUUGAAUCAAACAAAAUUAUUUACACUCUAUUAGUAACGUUGUUGUGAUGUAUUUUAGGUAUUUCAAUUUGAGUGUGUAUUGGUGUCAGUGUAUGGAUUGUCUCUUUCAGUCGAGAAUAAAAAAUUUUAGCAUUCUAUCAUCGAGUGCAGCUCCUGACACCGAAGGCUGAGGUGCAGGUCCGUUAUUAAAGCCAGCAGACAAAAAAAAGUGAGACAAAGAGAGAGAGAGAGGGAGAGAGAGGGAGAGGAGAGAGGGAGAGAGGGAGAGGGAGAGAGGGAGAGAGGGAGAGAGAGAGGGAGAGAGGAGAGAGAGAGAGAGAGAGAGAGAGAGAGAGAGAGAGAGAGAGAGAGAGAGAGAGAGAGAGAGAGAUAGAAAAGGCAUCCUCCAUCAGUUACGAUUGGGAGGGCAUGAAAAUCUUACAUUGUAAAAACGAAGCUAAGCUUAUCCUUUAUCCUCAUACUUUAUAGAUCUUUAACUUAAUUUUCCAACAGAAAAAUGCCAAAGAGACAUUGCAGAAGAGAGUGAACCCAGCUGUGGCCGCGGCUGCUGGCGAAAAAGCUGUGGAAAUGGGUGGUAAGAUGGCUGAAAAGCAAAUGGAAAAAAUGGAACAGCAACAAAAUAAAGUCGACCAAUUUCUCGGUUCCGAGGUUAGUACAUUCUUAACUUCUCUAAGAUUCUUUUCACUCCGGCUUAACCUUCGCCAUUAAUAAAAAGUUAAAAGUGGAUUCCCCGAACAGUUUCAAUACACUAUCCAGCAAUGAGGAUUGCUGAGGAUCAUGAGAGUUAAAAGGUUUAAUGCAGUGAAGACUCUAGUGAUUUGUUUUGGUCCGGCACUAGAGGAAUGUGGAGUGCAGGGAGACUUUUCUUAUGACUAAGCAGUUAGUAUUUCAAGAGUUUGUCGAAUAUUUUUUUAUCAACGAGCUGACACAUACAGUACUGCAGGGCGAGAUCCUCGAAAAAUUAUUCGAGAGUCUCGAUCCUCGAUCCUCGAUCCUCGAUCCUCGAUCCUCGAUCCUCGAUCCUCGAUCCUCGAUCCUCGAUCCUUGAAUCUCGAUAGUUUCGAGUAAAGAGGGUCGAGUCGAGACUGUCAACUUACCUUUGAGAAGUACUGUAGUCUUUACAAUUGCUAAUACUUUACUUGAAGAUAAAACUUGACAUCACUGGUGACAAAGGUUGGCAGACCGAUGACAUGUUCAUUCCGCCUGGUUACCACAUGGAUGCAAAAGUUGUUCCGGAAUCAAAACCUGCACCAACUGUGCAAGGACAGCAGCCAUUUACAUUUCCAUUUGGAGCUGGUGGAUUGAUAAUGAACGGAUGCUUUGGAAGUGGAUAUCAACCUGGUGAUCGUUGUUAUGACGCCACGUGGGCAACCACCAAAUGUAUUGUGAGUUCAGCGGGAUUUACUUACAUUUAAGUGACACAAAAAAAUCCCAAUUUAACACGCAGAGAAGAAACAGAAAAUACGCUACUUGAUAAAAAUAAAAUAAUUUAUGAAAGCCAUUAAAAAAAAUGAAAUCUCUCACAAUAUUAACUUGAACUAGUAUGUACAGUGUAAGAAUCAAGGGUUUGUCAAACAGUGGUUACAAUUACUCAUUAGAAUCUCCAAACGAGAAGUAAAAAGAAAGGGAAAAUAAGCAUUUUGAUAAAGAUCAAAUGAUUUAUGACAGUCAUGAUAACUGAAAUAUCUCACAAUGGUAUCUUUAACUAGUAUGAACAUUGUAAGAGUCAAGGGUUUGUCAAACAAUAGUUUCAAUUUGAACGGUGCAUUCACGUCGUAGGAUCUGAUACCUGGAGCCACAUUUGUGGGAGUUGGCUUUGAUGGCCGAGGAGACUACAGUCCUGAGUCCAGCAGAAUGGAUCUUGUACAGAGAGCCUGUGCUCGGAAACAAAGGUAAAGACAUCAGGCGGUGUAAACAAGUAAACCAACUUCCCUUUGUGCAUGUGUUUGUCGGAAGAGACUCACGGUAUUGUGGGACUGUUUCGUAAAGAUUUUGAGGCGAGUGCUGUUAACCAAGUGUGAAAAGAUUCUGAAAACAUUGAUUACUGCAACAAUUUUUUUAAUUUCCAAGGUUGAUCUAUAUUUCAACUGGAAUGUUACCCAAUAACAACUCUUUACUUAAUAUGAAAACUGGUGCUUUGCGGGAUAUCGUUCGCGGUUCUAUAAGUAUUAAGGAGAAAAUACCCGACGAUACCUAAUCCAAUCGUAUCACAGCCCUUACAUUUGUACUUCGCUACCGUUCAAAAGGCUGUGUCUCUUAUUAAAUCUGUAUCUGUAGGAUACUAGGAUGCUUUCCUUUACAAUAAGCUCACUCUGUUGACGAGUGUACUGGCUAGUUCUAUUUUUGCGUCUUUUUCUAUGUCUAGAAACUCAGAGUUGAUAAACUUUGCUCCAAACAACAUUUUCCUUCGCGACGUACAUCAGAUUCUCUAGUGGUGUCUAUACAAGCACUGUAAUUUGUUUCUCUCUUUUUAGUAUGUGCUAGGGUAGUACGAUUUCUUGCGAAAUAGUAUCUCUGAUCUGCCAAUCAUCAUUCAUAAGUUGAAAACAGAACUAGAAAUUUCUCUCCACGACAUAUGUCUAAACUGCGUGUAAAAAAAAUUAUGACAUAAAAUUAGCUUCAGUAGUUAAGACCAUUAAACGGUGUCAGUAAAGUUCUCCAAGUUAAAACUAAAUCAAACGAAUCUUACGGUCUAGAUACAACGGCAAAAUGAUUCCCGACACAAUGAAGCUCCUUGGAGUAUACGACACAAGUGCCAAUAUGCAGGUAUUCUACAGUCGGUCUGAAUACCAAAAAUAUCUAGAACAGCAGUCAGGCGUCUCCGGAUCCGGCUUUGGUUUCUAUGGUGGGGUGAAAAAAGCUUGGGGAAGCACAGCUACUGAAGGCUCACAGAAAUAUCUCGCUGUAUUUGAUAUUGAUGUUGACAGGUAACAAGCACCAAUGAUUAUGUCUUAAACAGCGUUAAUUAAGUGCAUGUCUAGUUUGUAUUAUCAAAAGAAGCAUGAAACUUUCUAGGGUAUUUAAAAGGAACUAAAUGUUUUAAAUCAAAUAAGGAGACAUUUAUUUGGUGUUCAUAUUGACACUAGUGGUCCAUUAGCAGUUUUCUGCCCGUAUGAGCGAAAAGAUUAUCUACAUUCUACUUUCAGCACUUCUGCUAGAGUAAUCGUAUCUCACUACUAUCACUCUUCUAGGUAUGAAAUUUUUAUGGAUGUGGUGAAGCCUGACAAUUUGAACGUCGGAUUCCUUCGUGAGUUCAUGAUGCUUCCAACCUCAUACUACGAGCCAGGGGCAGCUCUAAAAUUUCGUGAGUUAAAUUUUAUUUCUUUUUACUCCCCUCAUCCAGCCUUGCGAUGCCUCUUGAAAAUAUCCAUCAGGAUUAAUUGUUGUUUUACCGCUUUUAGAGGAUUUUAUUCAACGCUUUGGAACUCACUACAUCAAGGCAGGACGAUUCGGUGGCCAACUUGAGAUCCGCAAAAGCAUGGAUGCACAGGAGGUGUCAUCUAAAACAGAGUUUAGCGAGGUUAUGGAAUUUGAAUUUAAAUCUUUCUUUGCCAGUGCUGGCGCCAGAAAGAGCGACACAGAAGGUGAAAGACAAAGGUCCCAAACCAAAACCUCUUCCACCUCUAUGUCUGUCCAAGGAGGGAGUCAGGAGAUUGCGGCUGUCAUUUCUGAUGUCUACGCUCCCACGUUUAAAGCUGAGUUUAAGGAAUGGCUUAAGUCAAUUCCCACGUUCCCAAAGGCCUUCAAAUUCACAAUCGGUUCUAUAACAGAAUUGCUGAAUUUCCGAUCUUCUGACCUUUUUCCCGAUGCAGCACCAAGUUUUGGAUGUGAAGCACACAGAGCUGAGUUGCGGAAAGACUCAAGGACUAAUAAACACUACUACAAUGCAACUGUCAAUGGAACUGUCGUCAAAGAGUUCUGUGAAUAUCUCAGCCGAGAGGCACUUGAGUACUCUAUCCGCCAGCGGAGAACUUCAUUGAAGAGAGCAAUUGAUGUUUAUAUGGAAGAGGUAGGCUAUAUAGUUGUUGACUGUGUGGGUGCAUAGGCCGGACGGGAAAAUAAAUGGCUCGAGGUCAUAACUUGAGGACUAAGCAAAGUCAGGUCCGUGCCUCAUGGCCGAGAGCCAAAUAUUUUCAAGUAAACCCCGACCUUACUCAGUCAAUACGCAUUUUAUCUAUUUAUAACCGCCGAUCUUCCAUUUUCUUGCCUUUCUUCUUUUAACUCGCAUCUUAGCGUAAGGCCCUAAUGCGUUUUUUUUCCUCGUGAUUUUCAAUAAUAGUGCGCCAAAUGGUUUCAAAAAGGGACUAAGUUUUUCAUUUCACUCAGCUCGCUAGUCGGUUGCGACUAUCGGUGAGCGUUUUUUUUUCUUUCCUCUUUGAUUUCCAAAUAGGGAUCAAUCUCGGUAUCUGACAUGUCACUGGCUCCUGGCAUACCUGGGUGCCAAACACAGAACUACAAGUAUCAAACGAAAGCUGGAAGGCCAUCAUGGGUCGAGAUGACCAAGCACCAAGCUUCCUUCAAAGUGAUCUUUAAAAUGGACAAUGACUUGACAGGUUCCUACCAUGGAAUGGUCAAGAUUCCAAGUCAGUUGGAGUGUUUCGUAAGGUUCAUUGAUGGAGAGUGGGUAGUCAGUAAAAGUGAUGACAAAUUUGACUUUUUUAGUGGUUGCAAACGCGGUGGUAGCGGGAACGUGGACUCUGGAGAUCACUACCUUUGCAUUUAUGGAUUAGUGCUCAAAUACGACGAAGAGAGAGGAGCACUGAACGUCGACGAACAGGGGUUCAACAUUUCAAGAAAGACUUUCCAAAAGCUAGAUACGAACUUGAUUGGUGGAGAGAUAGCCAGGGUGGAAUGGCCAGCCGAGCACAUAUUUCAAAUGCAGGAGGUAGUUGGUUAUUUGCCAUGCAACGUGAAAUGGUCAAAUGCUCUAAGGUUUGACCCUGGUCAGGGAGGAAAAUGUCUCCAUUUUACCGCUUCAACUAAAGGCACAGUUUUUGUCAUCUUUUCUGUCAUUCCUAAGGACAAAGACACUUGGUACUAUGUGCAGAUUUCUCCUCAUGGGGUUGGAAUCUUUAAGGUAAAGUGUAAAUAUAACUAGAAUGUUAAUCAUUGAGUGUGCUCCUUCUUUUUGAGGAUUUUAGCCUGAAAGAGCAACGAGCAGCAUUUAAAGAGAGGAAAGAAUUACAAAUUCUUAGACCUCGGUAAUGUGAAAUGGCUUGAAUUUUGUUGCAUACAUACAUACUGAUGCUUAGAAUAUAAAUUUCAUCGUUAGUAACUGAAGCAACGAUCAAAGAAGGCACAUUCACUCCUAAAAGUAUUCUAGUCAUCAGCCGGCUGUUCGUUCAACUUUGCAAUCUAUUUACAGUCACAGGCUCUGAAAGUGUCAAGUGUGGAUGUCGAUGCAGUUGGAUUGGGAGAUGAAAUCUUGUACCAGCCAUAUUUUGUUUGUGUCAAACAAGAACCCGAUGCCACUGUCAUAGAAUACGGGAAAAGUCAAGGCACCACUGAGAAGGGAGAGAUCUACCUAUCCAUGAUCGACAAAGAGAAGCCGAACCUUCACGUACGAUUUUAUGCGUUUGGAAAUGGAGAGGACGCAUUGGAAAUCACUGACGCCCAUGUACUUAAGCGCAGCUUUACCAAAGCGGAAUGCAAGGGAGACACAUCAAAAGACGAAGGAACCAAUACAUGCGUUCAGAAGUGUCACGAGAUGUGUGACCCCUUAAAAGGUAAAAUUAUUCGCUGCUUCAUUUCUCCCUUACAGAAUGACUGAUCUUUCCUAACUCUGAAGCAAAACCAGUUGCAGGAUUGUUGUCGAAUGGAUAAGACGUUUGUCUUUUCUCCUUAGGUUGCAGGAGUACUUCUAGUGGAGAACCACUGCCAACGGAUUGCAACGCAUGUUUGUAUCUAGAACGAGUUGAUACUGGAGAAUGUGUCAAGACCUGUCCUGAAGGAUUCAGAGAGAAGGACGGAACAUGUGUCCCAAGUGAGCUUUGUCAAUUGAUCAAUGUAUUGGCUUUUUGACCAAAUGAUUUCUGAUUGAGCAAACAAUUUUUACUGCAAUUUUCUGAGAUAUUAUCAAUUUUUUAGGAGGCUGCCAGAAAAAUCCGUGCAGGAAUGGAGGAACAUGCAAAGAUCUAGGGGAUGAGAAAUAUGACUGCCAAUGUACAGAAGAUUACCGGGGCGAUCAUUGCGAGAUAGGUCUGUUUAUCGGUCUUUUCCGCUAUAAUUAGUCUAUCAUUGGUUAAUCCAUAAACUUAUCCUUUAUACAUUGUGUCAAAUAAUAAUACUGACUUCUAACCCUCGAUAAAUUAACGCAGACUACUCUCCUUUCCAUCCCAUUAGGAUACAAAACAGGAUAUUUCAUGAAAGCAUUUAGGAGGUCUCAAUUUGUUCGGUACAAUCUCCUAUAGCGUUUUGGACAAAUGUUAAUUGAACUUAGCCGUUACUCUUAUCCGUCCGGUCGCUUUUUAUACUGAACCUACACAAAGAGCUUCAUCCUUAAAUUUUGUUCUAGACCAUCAUUAAAAGUGAGAGAAUCUGGACCACCUGUUGUCUGUUUUAGUCUUACGGUCCGCGAACGUGGAGAGAAAACGAAUAUAUUGAAUUGUUGACGUUUGAACUACGGCUCAUGCACUCUUUGUCGCUUCCCGUCCUCCUUUGGUCUCAAUCGAUCUGCUCAUAUAGUUCAUGCUCCAUAAGGAGAGCAGUCAGUCUUGAAGGAAUUGUAAACCUGCACGUUGUUGCAUGCUCAAAUGAGGUAAGGUUCGAAUGUUACUCUGUCCUUAGAAUCGGCGACCUUUUUGAUAUAUAGCUAUACCGUACAGUUAUAGUUUUAUAUUCUUGUUGAAAUCAACCAAACGUCUUUUUUGUUCCAUUUAAUUUUCAGCUGCUCAUCCAUGCGAAUCAAGUCCGUGUAAAAAUGGAGGAACUUGCGAUGAGGAUCCUCAGAAUCUGGGUCGUUUCUCGUGUUCUUGUGCUUCAGGAUUUGGUGGAGAAACAUGUGAAAUUGGUAAGAAAGAUAGAUCAUAAAAACAGCAAAAAGUCCACGAGACUAAACCCAUCAUGUAUAAGCCAUAUUUGGAUAGUAGUAGUUUUUAGGUGUUUUUGGCUUAAUCCUGUUUUCAAAGUCCGAGGAGGAUGUAGAAAUCAACAAGCCUGUGUCACAAAUAUUGCAUCGUUUGAGUUACAAUCCUACGCCUUUGCUCUUUCCAAUAUUAUUCACGCAAUACUUGAGGCAGAUGCAGCGUUAUUCCCUGAACUGAUGACGUUGAAUCCAGAAAUAUUUUAGGAAGUCUUACUUCUGGGAUGAAGGGCUGUACGGCGUAUUUAGUCUCCUAGCUUGGACCUCUUGGGUCAUAACUGGUCUUCAGGGCGAAACAACUUGUUUCAAUGAUAGGAAAAGAGUACGUGACAAUGUUAAUGGACUUUGAUAUUGAAUUCGAGUAGUUUAUCGGCCUGUCAUCGAGAUUCCAACAUUUUAAGGAAGGCGAAAAGCGUUACCAUUGAAUAACAUACUAAAGACCACACUAAAACAAUCCUCGGGUACUUCGGUCGUGUGAGAUCAACAGGGAGUGCCAACAAGCAUUGUAAGAUUGCUCCUUUACUAAACCUGAGAGCUAUUUGGGUUUUCUCGUAUAACAAGUUUAGCCACUGCAGGAGAGGCCUUCUCGUGUCAGCCGAUCCAGAGGUGUAUAGAAAGAAAAUGGUAAUAACGAAAAACGGGUUCGUUGAAUUGCGUUAACCAUUCAGUGAGUAAAAUCUCUAACAUAUGGCUCGUACAUAACUUUGCGAUCUUCUUUUGAAAGAACUCUUCAAUCGGCCAUUUUGGCGUCCGUAAGGUGUAAGUUUGGGAAAAAUCCUCCCCGUUGCCAUAGAGAGAGGGCCAUCAUAAGAUAACGAACAAGUAGUAAUUUAAAAAAACUGCCUUCGUGGACAAUGAAUCGAGUGGUCUCUUAGAUUCACACCCGCCCGGGCGGUAUGCAAGGCCAGAUCAGAAUAAGAGUGAUGCACCAUUUUUUUUUCAGGCCGCGCGGUCGGCUUAGUAACAAAACAUUCUCCAUUGGGUCUUUCAGAUGAAUGUCCUGACGGUUGGACAGAGUUUGACGGUUUCUGUUACAAUUAUGAUGAAGAACGGGAAGUCCACAGCCUUACAGAAGCAGUGUCAGUUUGCGAAAAGUUGGAUGCAGACGUCCUGGUCAUCAACUCUAGAGAGGAAAACGAAUUCGUAAAGGAUUUGGUUCCUAGUGCAUGGCUUGGGAUGAGGUAUAGCUACAGAGAGCGUGGAUAUGGAGAAUGGAAAUUGUUAGAUGGAAAGGAUCCUCUUUUCAAUCUGGCGGAAUCGUGGCCUAUUUCAGGUUAUUACAGUCGGUAUCGGGGAAAUCAUGAUGACAUUUGUGUAAUCGUCAGCCGUGACGAAAGAGUUUGGGAACCUACGCGCUGCUAUUUCGGAGUGGCGCCUACAGUGUGCAAGCGGCCGGUUGGAGAUCGAGAGGAGAGUAACGUGCGGAGGACUUCAUGAUAUCAAGAACGCCGUGAACUGUAGAGUUUUGAGAAAUGUUGAUCUGAUUUGAGCCUGAAGCUGUUGAGUACUGUGAAUACAAAAUUGUCAUACUCUAAAAGUAAUAAGCUACAGCUCCCUUCUUGGUUUCCAGCGUUCCUUGGCUCAUUAUCACUCACCCACUUAUUUGAGUAAUUCAGUAACUUUUAUUUUCACAUGUUAGUUUAGAUGCUGUUUGGCGACGUAGAUCAGAAGAAUUCAGUUUAGCACCUGAAGUUAGGGGGUAAUAAAGCAUGCAUAGGGUAUACUUAUUAAUUUUUUAUGACGUCAGUUGAAGUUCCGUUUUCUCGUAGUAUUGCCGAUGAAUCAAUUUCAUAAAAUUUCGGUAUUGACUGUCUUCUUCUAAGCCCGCAAAUAUGUUAAUGAUAUUUUUAGGGGGUUGGAAUUUGAUUUUUUUUGUUUCAAUCUUAAAUGCAAUGAAGUUAAAUCUUCUCUCAAAACGCUGUUGGUGGAGAACAAGACCGUGUAUUUUUCGCCAACAAUGGUCAUCAUUUUCUCUUUUUUUCUCUGAAUUUGAUAAGGAAAGAUUUGUGUGAUUUUAAAGCUAUAAAAGCUUUAAAAAUUUGAAUGUUUUCAUUCCUGUACUUCUUUUAUCAAUAAAGUGAGUUCGUGUGUGAAUAUAACAUGUGGUGUUCUUUGCCAUGAAACCUUUAACUCCCAGAAGUGAUUAACAUGUAACGUCUCCCUAUAAUAUCCAUACAUUAUCCAGCAAGCAGGUAAUGAGAAAACAGGAAUACAAUUUGGUAAGUCUAGCCAGGAGUGAAGAUCUGGUCCGAUCUUAGAUAACGACAACUUUGCGAAAGAAUAAUACUAAAGUACAUUUUCAUUUGCCUGUUUACGACGGUAAGAAACUCCGUGAUAAUGUUAAUUUUGCAAUGCAUUUUUAAAUUCGUAAGGCUAGUUAGCCAACAAUCGGCUCAGUUUUGGUUACCCAGCCAAAGACAUGCAAAGGGGAAAUAAUUAGCCUUUCAAAAGACCACUGAAGCCAAUAUGUUUGGGGCUCUACAUACAAAGAUUUUCAGAUAUUUUACAGAUCCUACGAAUACUGGCCGUAUUUUCUUUCUCGUUUCCUUUGCUACAAGCCCUCUAGUUAUUCUAGUACAAUACCACUGAAAGUUGGAUUUCUUUUCGCCUAUUCCUGUUCUAUCUCCGCAAACGUGUGUUUCUCAGGUAGCGUUCAAUACAACGCACAUCCUUCCUGUUUUGGCUCCUGAUGUCAUUUUUUCCUCGAAUGACGUCACUUGCCAUUAGCAGCAAUUUGUUUGGGUAACAAACAUUCCCACAUAAGGUCAAGACUUCUAAGUUUGAACGGAAAUAGCACUUACGUACAAAUCAAAUUGUCUAAAAUGCCCUCGCCAACCGUUGAUAUGAAUUAUUAUUGUCAGGGGCAAAACAAAGGGAAAUACUGCAUCUGAACGAAAAAGAAAUCAGACCAAAACGGCCACGAGAAGAAUAAUAGACAAUUGUACAAGUUUAAUUACUUAAUACCUUUUCCUCCGCUUAUUAAUUAUUAGGUAGCAAGUUGCUAUGGCCUAGCUUAUAGAAACUCUUGACUGAAAGACUCACUUUAUGAGAUACAUGGCGUGUAUACAUUUUUCGACCAAAGUCUAGAUUCGGUAUUUCAAGUUACAGGUUCCCUCCUGUUAAAAACUUUUUAAAAACACAUUUGAUCGAUUUACGUCUCUCGUUGAGGGAAGGAUAUCGUGAACAUGAUGCGACCUGACAAGGCUUGUCAAGACGGCAUGGGCAAACCCUCUCGCUUGUGUACGUUAACAUUUUUCGUGACUGUAGCUUUGCACUGUAGCAGUUAUGAAUCGGCGUGUAAUAUUUGAAAUCGCCGAUUUGCUGACGUCGAAUGAAAGUAUUGUUACAAGUGUAAGAGAAGUACUGAAAGUACAAGAAAUGGCGAACAUCGUGGCACGCUCCGGAAGAGCUACGACAAGGUUGUCACUUGUCUGCGAUAUCAAAGCAAAAUAUUUUUCAUGCUAUGGUAACUACGAAGUGGAUGGACAAAACACGUUUUGCUAAUUUUCAGUAUUGUUGUCCCGUUUCUGCCUCCUGAGGAAGCUUACAAAUGAAAAAGGAAAUACUAAAAUCACUGGAGUAACGCCACUUUGAUCAAAUUCAAAAGAUUUUCAAACACAAAAGAGCGUGUCGCUUCGAUGAAGAAGUAAUAUUUUACACUGCAUUUCAGCUUAUGUUAAUUGUGAUUAAUACAAAAUAAAAUACUUGAGGCCGUAUUUAACUUCUGACGGUUCAAACGUGAUUGCAAUAUUGAUCACAACUAGGAACUAAACUUAAAAAAGACAUGACGCAAGGACAACCGAUUUUCUUGAAAUCAGAGACGGAUGAGUUGUGUUCCGAUUCUUCUGAAGUGUCAUUCAUUUGGUCGUUGUUUAAGCUAGAAUACAUGUUUUUUGAUUUGAAAAAUAGCCUAGAUACAACAGAACAACCAUAACGUUUUGCUAAUUUUCAGCGAUUGACUGUCGUAUCUGCCUUAUAAGGAACGCAUGCAACUGACAAAAACAAAUAAAUUCAUCGCUGAGCGCGUGUCUUGGUUGACCAAAUGCUGAAGUAACGCAAGUAACGCCACAUUUGAUCAAAUUCAAAAGAUUUUCACAUACAAAAGAAGUGAAACGCUUCGAUGAAGUGGCAAUAUUUUACAUUUCAUUUCAGCUUACUUUCAUCGCAAUCUAUAACAAAAUAAAACGUUUGAAGCCGCAUUUUAACCCCUGACGGUUUAAAACGGGACGUGACAUUGAUCACAAGUAGGAACCAAGCUUAAAAUGGAUAUUACGCAAGGCCAACCAAAGUGCUUUAUGCUUCAAAAUUAGUGAAAGACAAGUUGUCUUCUGAUUCUUCUUGAGACAUAUUCAUUCAGUCGUGUUUUAAGCUAGAAUAUAUGUUUUUGAUUCGAAAAUCGCAUAGAAACUGCUGUACAAACAUAGUGGUACUUGAAAUGUGUAAAGCGCUCUUAACUUGCAAAUGAAAUGAACCGGAAAUAGAGUAAAAAGGAAGCAGAGUGUUUUCGCAGUCCAACAUGUGAUUGGUGGAGACAGAGUCACUCCACUGUUUAUGCGUCGAACGCAUGCGUCAAAAUUUGAAGCUUCCUCUUACAGUCAAAAUUUUAUAUUUUUCUAGUUGUUCAAGAAGUUUUUGUAUGAUCUUCGAAUCGUUUUGGUGCUACAUUUGGUUAUUGCUACGAUACACUGAAGGAAUAUCCUGUAUAUUGCUAGAAACUGAGCGAAUGGAAACGCUAGAUUAAUUUAUCACGGAAAAUCUGUCGCACCUGUGAACUGGCCCUUCGAUAUUCUUCAGAAAUCGUCAUCGAACUUUGAACAUCCAAUGUUUGUUAAACUAGAGGCUGUAUGUUUUAGGAGACAUCGAUCUAAAAAACGCCAUGAAGAGAAAAUGGACUCCUAAACAAAAUGGCUGAAACUAAUAAUCGAGGUAAGCAAAGAUUUGUUGUUUUAUGGAAAGCAGACACUGUGAUCAUUCAAUGAGAAAAAUAUCACUUUGGUGUACUUUCCUGAAGUGUUGUUUAGUUUGAACUGUAGCUGCUGGGACUAUGACAUAAUAACAUUUUCGUAUGAGCCAAAAAUUGUACAAGGAGUUUUUACAUAGCUUUUGCUUAAUCAUGAUAAUUGUACUCAAGAUUUUGUUGCAAUUUUCAUUCAACGAUGAUCGACCGGUCUCAACGAUAUUGUCGACAUCGCCGUCUGACCUACAAGGUUUGCCUCAACUCGUCGAAUCCCUGUGAUUAAUUACUAAGCUUAAGUUGUAAUUCUCAUGUUGUAGAAGAUGUCAGAACCUCCACCGCUUCAGAAAACGGGCUUGUUCUUCCGUGGGGACAGCCACCAGAGCGGCAUACAACCGCUGCUGCAUCUGAUGUCACUCCCGGCGAAUUUGUCCUGAGACAUUUAUUCAAAGACUUCACUGAUCUUGCCGAGAAAAAGAUCGAAACUAUUCUGACCGAACCUUUGGUAAGCCUUUACAUAAAUAUUUAUUUUCGAUCCAUAGUUUUGGCGAGAGCGGGCUUCGGGAAAGAUUAGUGAGUGACAGUGAUUUCUCGAUGAUGUGGACGAUAAAAAUAUCCUUACCUCCUACUUGCGAGGUUUGUUUACAAUUUUUUGACCGUAUCUUGUGCCCGAUUUUGGAAUAAUUGAUGAGUUCCAAUUUACCCGAUAAUAAAGAAACACUUUUUGUAGGAAAUGCGGUUUCUUUGUCAGCCAAAAAUGUUGAUUUAUUUAGUAUCUUACGGUGACGAUAAAAUGCCCACCACGAGAAACAAUGCCUAAUUUCCAGACGGUGAAAAUGAACUGUCUAUAUUCGGGGUAAUUUGAAGGCGACAAGUAUCAUUGCGCGGGAGUUAUUUAUAAAACCGGAGGCGGUAUUUUUGUAGUAACCCUGUACGCUGUCAAACGCAAUCUCUUUGAUUUGUCUGACAAAAUGUUUUUAUUCCGUGAUUUCGGUGUAAAUAAGAUUUGUUUGUGAAGCAUUGUGUAAACAGUCUACUGAUGCAGAACGAAUCUCCAUUUUAGACCACACGCUUGGGAGUUUCGAUUAAUUUUGAAAUAUUUGUCGGAGUGUUCCGUCGAAAGCGUAUCUAGGACAAGAGAAUGUGAUCAUUACAACUUUCAGUUGUCAUCGAUCACACCCGCUGAGAUAUAUUUCCCUCUAAAUCCUUUUCUGUCGCUCCCAACUUCUGGAAUGCAACCCCAGUCGUUUUCUUGCAAACGUGUUUUGAAGAUCACAUGUUGUGGUCUCCUGACAUGAGCUGAGGAAGUAGCUAUUGUUUCGUUUGUUUAUUGAGCUUAUUGUGUCUCCAGGUGGCCUGAUCUUUAUGAAUGUACUACAUGGCUGCGUUUGCAUGCUUGAGUAACCAUUCUUUGAAGGACCCAUUUAUUGGAGUAUUUUCUUCCACCGUUUUACCUAACUCCCUCCGUUACUCUUUAUUCAGGCUUGUCAUGUCUGUGUCUUUUGAAGAGAGCUGUUAAGUGACUGAUAGUAGACCUGCGUACGCGACAAUAAGCAUAUUUAUGAGUCGUUUCAAUGGUGGAAUCAUCAUCUCUGGUCAUGAUUAACUGUUUAAGUGGUUGUAAUAAUUCAUAGGAAGUUGUAAUGUGCAAAUGAAUCUUGAUGCCCCAAACUGAAUUCCUUAAUGGGCAUUUGAUGAUUAUCUCCAGAUUUUUUAUGUAAGCAAGAGGUUAUCAUGGUGAUAAUCAUUUUGUCUUUUGAUCAAAUGACCUUGGUUUUAAUGUUAAUUAGCUAUGUUAAAGUUUAGGAAGAGCAAGUGUUUGUCUCCUAGGUAAGAUAUAGCUUAUGCAGCUUUACCUUUGAGAGAGUGGCCAGAAGGAGGAAACUCAUGAUCUUGUUUUAUGCCCAAAUUAAAAAAAAAAAAAAAUGGGUCACAGUAAACAGUAUUUUAUGCCCUUCAAACUUAAAAGGGAAAACUUUAAAUCUCACCUUACCCUGCCUUUCUGUAAAAAUUGACUCCUCACAUAAUACUUGGAUGAAUCACACACCACAUAAAACUUUUGUGGCCCCCUUUGUGGCAGAAAAUUAUGGUUAGUGAUUUCUGAGAGAGUUGAGGAAACUGUAGAAAAGACUAUUUGUAAUAUUAUGUAUGCAUAAAUCUUGAACAUGCUACUUCUCUGUGCAAUAUUGAUUCAUGAUCCAGCAAGAUGGUUAUGGGAAUUUACACUCUUCAACUAUCAUCAAAAGGUUUUAGUCUUGAUGUACAGCUGUAAAGCCAAGUUGUGAUAUAUUUGUCACAAGGAAAUUUGUUAUAGCUAGAGGGAAGAAUCACUAAAUAGACGUUUGUCUUUAAAAGGAUCAAGAUAAUUCCAAGUGAAAAAAGCAAGAAUAUUCUGACAUUUUGUUGUGCUAGGCAGAGACGCGUUCAUCUUAGUGCAUUCCUUAUUAAUUCUGUGUUAUUUUUCCAUUGGUACUUGACUGCCUGUAUUGUUUAGUUUGUUUACCUCAUCUUACUACUAGUAGUGUUUUUUUCCACUUUCUUUUCUGUUAAGCUUGUUAUUUGGUUAUUUUGUGUGGUAAAUUUUUACUAAAAUCUUGAUAAUGUGUUGUUAGUAUAUAUAUGACGCCAUUAUCAAGAGAUUAUCUAGGGAAUGGUGAUUUAAUCCUAGAUAAUGAGGAGAUGGAAGAGUUAAAUUGAAGAGGAAAACAAAGAUUUUAGUAAAAAUAGAGUAAAUUUUCUCAUUUAAAUUUGGGACUAUCCAGUAGUUGAGAACCCCCUCCUUUUGUUUUUUUGACAAGGAAGAGUGAGGGAGGCAGAUAGAUACUUUUUCUGAAUUUCAACAUGCAAAUUGAUUCGAUUUUUACAGAAGUCUUUGUUUUAUGCCUAAUGUUAAUUUAGUCAACUUCUCUUCUCUUCUCUAAGAAUAAUUAUCCUUUUCUUAAUAAUGGGUCACAAAGACCUUUUAGUAACCAAGGUAGAGGUUUUUACUGUAAGUUAUGGACCAAGUUUUUCAGCCAUAAAUCAGAGCAGAAUAAGUGAGGUUCCAUAAUGUACAGUAAGGACUGUGAAAAUGAGUGAAGUGGUUUUGAAUUUAACAGGCUGUACAGUGAAAUAGUCUUCUAAACUGACUAAUCAUAGUGCACCUUUUAACUGAGGGGUGUAAUAAUGAUUCUGGAACCUUUGCUUAGUUUCAGUCAGAAGUGUUUCUGUAAUAUUUGUAUGUCAUAUCUCAAACAAAUAUUUCUUGCCCCUUUGAUUGUUAUGUCAGUGAAAAGUGGACAUGAGGUCCAGCAGGACUGGACUGUACUUUUGACUCAUGUAAUUUUUUUCUUGUGAUCACAGGAGAGACCACUGUCAAAGUCUCUUCAAAGAGGUGAAGAUGCUCAAUUUGACCAGGUAUAACAACAAAACAAUCAUGAUCUCAUGUAGUCAUACAAGAAUACCCUCAAUGAAGAGCUCAACUCUAAAAGGUUUUCCCCUUCUUCUCCCCCCCCCUAGUUAAAAAAAAACCCAAAAUGGACUGGGUGAUAGAACCUCCUUCUGUGGCUUUGGAUCUGUCUACUUACCAGGACUUUCAAGAGAUGGGCCCUGGGCACUUAAUAAAACAAGUUUUUAAAAUGGAGAUUCUACUAAUAUAGACCUAAUUUAGCACUUGACUGAGACUGUUUUUGUUCUUUCAGCUGCUGAAUUCUCUCAACAGUGUGGCAGAAUUUAGUCUCCCUUCUCUCUUGAAAACUUUAUUCAAGUGGUAUGAAAAGCAGGUAAGAACUUAACAAAAUAUAUUUUUUAUCUUGUCAGUGUGACACAAGAUAAAAAUCCCUAAACACCAGUAAUUCUUGCUGCAAUGCUCUAGCACCGAGUGAGUGAUAAAAUGAUGGUCAGUUCGGUAGGAACUAAUGGUUAUUAUGAUAGUGGCUAUCAACAGCAGUGUAACAAACGGAUUCCAUAUGUCUCCCAGAUCAAAUUUGUCAUUUUCCUUACUGUCAAUGACACAAUUCUUAUAAUGUUAGUUUAGAUAAUUAUCCCCAAAUUGCUAUUUUUAUUUAUUCUCAUCACUUAUCUGGUUGAUAUUAUAUUGAUAUUGUAAGGAGAAAGUCUGUCUUGGUGACUCAUGGGAGUUAUAGGGUUAAGUGUGAGAUCAUAAAUGAGGAAAAAAUAUCGAUAAAAACAUAAAAGUGGCCUGUGGGUGGUAGUUGAGUGUAUUUCUGAAAUUCUCACCACAUUUUGACAUUCAUUGAUAGCACAUGUAGCUCUAGUGAUCAGUUACAUGUUCCCAUCAGAUGCAUGGCAAUAUACAAUGUAGAAUCUAUUUGUUUUAUAUAUUUAUGAAGGAAGUGAGAUGUUUAUGGUGACAUCCUCUAUGCCCCUAUCUUCCGGUAGAUCAUUAAUAAGAACUUAGAAAACUGUGUGUAAAAUUUAGCUUAUUAUAAUUACAUACAUUUCCAGUAUUAAGUAACAUGGAGUAAAUUUUUUUCAUUGUCGUCAGCAAAUCAAGACUGGCGAGUUGGAAACUGAUGGCCAUAAAGGCAAGGCCAACAUCUCCAAACCAAAGGGGUAAAGUAUGAAUUGAUAAUUAUUUUUCAGUUUUCACUGCAUAUCCCUAUACAUGACUUUCUAGGACUACACUGUAAAACUGACUGCUUUGUGCUUUGUUGCAUUAGUGGCAGUGAAUCUCCAAAGCUCCAGAGCAAGUUUUAUAUCGGUAAAGAUCACCUCACAGAAAGAAGGGAUGUAAGUAACAAAGGAAUGUUAUGGAGCUUGAUAAUCUUUUAGAAGAACCUUGUUUGCAUUCAAAUUCAUAUUUAUUGUAAGUUAUGUUCUAACAUUUUUUUUUUUUUCAGCUUGCGGUGGACUUCUUGUUUUGUUUAGUUCUUAUUGAGGUCCUAAAACAGGUGAGUGCAUGGUUAAAAGAUAAUGAGAGAUGAUGUGAUUAAUGGAGGAACUAAUAUAAUUGUUAAAUGUAAUACACACAAGUAGGUUCCACAUGCACAUCAGCAUAGCAGAUGAAACAGCUCCAAUUAUUACAAUUUCUAUAGCUUGCAGCAACCAGAAGUAACUCCUAUAUGCUAGGGAAAAGAUUGCAUUUGAUUUCAGGCUGAUUAAAAAGUAAUUGCAGCAGUUAUAACAGUUUUCACCAAAAUUGUUUUUAUCUAGUUGCCAGUUCAUCCAGUGGAUGAUGGGUAUGUGCAGUACAUUUUGUCGCUGGCAUUCAGACACUUUAAACAAAGAGACAGCUACUCUGCCUCCCCAACAGCUGCCAAUGGAGAAAUUAUUGCUGCUCUGUAUGCUGAGGUGCUUGGUGUGUUGGCACAAGCCUGCUUUUUGUCUGUCAAGAAGAGAUUUGUGGCUGAGUUUAAGGAGUACCAGAACAAUCCUUCAGUAUUCGUGAAUAUUAUUUAUGGAAUGAAGUAUUUAAGAAUUAAGGUUUGUACACUUUUUUUAUUAUUUUGAUACAAAUUAAUUUUGAGCACACUAUAGUUGUGGUGGGUUUUUUGUGUUACCCUGGUUCAAAAAGCUGCGACAUUUAUCAGCCACAAUAUGGAGGGGAAAUGUUUUUGAUGUAAACAUGAUUGCUGGUUGUAUUGUUUAUUUCAGAUCUUGUACUAAUGUGGUUUUUACUUUUCCCUAACUUUAAAUUUUACCGGAGUCUAAAGUUUUACUUCUGUCAAUGUUUUUUAUUUUUUAAAGUAAAGGUACAGAUGCAGUAGGUUUGCCAAAUGGCAAUUUAGAGGAAAUUUGAUCUGUGGGCACUGUGCAUUUUAAAUUUUUUUUCAUGGUCACCUAAAAAAAGAAAGUUGAAUUAAAAAGUGUGAAAUUUUGUGUCUCUUAGUUAUAUCCAGUUGAGGAGUUGGAAGAGUCUUUCAAUUUUAUGAGGGUAGGUACAGUUGUUUGCAUAACUGCUUAAAGAAUGGUACAAAUUUUUCAAAAUUAAUUUUAAUUUUCUGGGAUUAAGGAUUUGAUUAGUGGUGGGACAACAGAAUUUACAUUUUAACCCCUUACACUCAAAUAUCAGUAUGCAUAUUCUCCAUACUGUUCAUCAUACAUUUCUUAAGGUGCUGGUAAGGAGAAUUUGUUUAAAAAUCAAGAGCCUCUUUUGUUGAUGAUCAUUUCCUUUACUCUCAUGACCUUAAUGUUUGAUUCAUGGUAGAUAUUGUAAGGAGAAAAAUGAUGUUAGUCACUCUUGGGGUUGAAAGGGUUAAUCAUCUGUUCUGAUAUUUCACUGGGUCACUGUCUUUGAGUUUUCUCAUGGAAUAGGCUUUUUUGUAGAAUGAUCUUGCAAGAAAGCUAUCAUAAUGUCAAUUUUAUCUUUUUUGUGGCAUUUUUUUAGGAUUGUGCAACAUUGUUUGUGGACUCCAGGGACAAAGAAGUGAAGCAUGCUUUUGCCUCUAUGUUUGUGGAGAUCCUUCUUCCUGUGGCGGCAGGUGCCAACAGAGAACUGAAUGUACCAGCUCUGAAGAGCUUUGUAGACACCAUGUAUCAUCAUACUUUUGAUCUCACCAAGAAAACAAGACACAGUCAGGUGAGAUUACAACCAUUGCAGGUUAAUCUACCACAGAAGCAGUAAUUUGAAAUAUAUGACCAAGUGACCUCUAGCUGUUAAGCAAGUAAAGAAUUCCAAUAGCAACCUUGUACUCCAAGUGUCACCACCAUGAAGAAUUUUUGCUUAAAUUGAGCACACUGUGCAUUUCCUCCCCACCCAUCCCCCCUCCUCACCCCUCUCCCUUCAAGUAAAUUUUUGAUCAAUAUUAUACCUUUGGGGAAGCUCUGGCUAAAGAUGAAAUGAUGUAAGGUUUUUCAGUCACUGGAAAAACUUGAGUUACUUGAGCUAAUUAUUGUGUGCUCAGUACUAAUUUAUUAUUUUUUUUUUUUACACAUUUUUGUAUCAAACUCAUUGUGGAAGUGCCAUUAAAAAAAUUACUUAGGCUAAGCGCAUUUUUUUUUUUCUUUCAGGCUAUCUAUCCACUUGUCACUGUUUUACUCUGUGUCAGUCAAAAAGCUUUCUUCCUCAGUAGCUGGCCAAGCUUCCUUAGCAUGUGUCUGGGAACUCUGAAGGUACUUGUUGUCGUACUGUUUUGCUCUAGAUCACAGUUUGUUGUUUUUAUGAAGUCUACUCACAGACAUUAAGGUAUUGGAAAGGUAGAUCUCUUCUUGGCAUAAAUGUUUGUGACUACAUAAGGAAUAAUGGAUCAUUUAGUUUAGGGGUAAUUUUCCCAAAGAUGAAGAAUUAAAACAGAAUAAUUACUUUGGUGUCAAAGGGGUUUGCAUCACACUUUUCUGUUUUUGCGCUCAUCUUUUUUUCUCCCUGAUUUGCAGCAGAGAGACGUAAAGAUGCAGAAAGUAGCGAUGGAAUGCUUGUACAGAUUGGUCUGGUGAGUACAUUAUCUUUUGAUCGUAUCUGCCUUGAAGCCUUUUGCUUUAUGAAAGGUUAUUUGUAGGAUUUGAAUCAUUUAGAUUACUGUUUAACCAAUGAAAAUGAAUGAUAAUCGCUGAGUCCCUAUAUUGUACAGCACAUACAUGUACAUUGCUUAUUCAAAAGGAGGGGCUCUUGCACUUUGUGGCUGAGUAAGAAACACCGUGUUUCUGUGGAAAUUUCAAGACAAAUCUUAUAAUAGGCUGCGUUGUUGUUUUGUAGGGUCUACAUGAUCAGAAUCAAGGGGGAAAGUAACACAGCAACAGUGAGGUUGGUCAUUUUUAUUACUGUUUAUCUUCUGUUUUUUAUUUUUUUUCAAAUAUUGAAGCAUUUUUCCUGACGUACUGUGCGAGAUAAAUGGUUCUUCUAUAUGCAGUAGCCAUUUGAUAAUGAGCAUCAACGUCUGUUUGCUCAUAAUAUUGGACCGAGGUAGUAGCCAUGUACAUGUAAUAAUAGCUGAUAUUCUUGGUGCCCAAACUAAGGUCUGUGUUUGCUUUCAUUAGCCGGCUGCGAAGUAUCACAGAUGUGCUCUUUCCUCGUGGUUCCCGUGGUGUCGUGCCGAGAGAAGCUCCCAUGAACUACUUUGUCAAGAUUAUUCAGUUCAUAGCUCAGGUGAAGUUUCAUUUGAUGAUAAAUAGCACUUACACGUGGCUGUUUCUUUCUGAAAAUGUUUACUCGCCAAUUUCAUGCGAUAACACAGUUUUUGACAGGAUUAGUCCUUCAGUUUCUUGUUCAGUUAAAAAAGUUUUGUAAUGAUUCAUUUUGUUCGACGUAAGAGGAACACAAUCUAUUUGUGUUGCUUCUUCUGGAUUCUGUGCGAUUUCAAGGUGGGCACCAUUGUAGAUUGAGUGAUCACUUUCCUCGAUUUCGAGCGAGAGUUUUGAAUCCUUCUGGCAAAGGGAAGUUCCGCAGACUGACUCACCUCGGUCUGGAUGCCUUGAAGGAGAAAUUUUGAUAAAUUCGUACCAUUUAUCAAAGGAAAGAAGUUACUACAUGGUUCGUUGAUGUAAUUGUACACUGGAUUAUUAAACGCGACUUUAUUAAACGACUUUACUAAACGAUUUUAGUAAUGUGAGCUGUAGAAGAGCUUCAAACUCAUCUUUGAUAGAGCACACUCUGCUCAAAGCUAUUUUUUUUCAACAAAUGAAGCUUUCCAAUAGAGUUAAUCUAUCUUUUGAUGUCUUUUUAUCUACUAGGAAAAACUCGACUUUGCCAUGAGUGACAUAGUCUUUGAUUUGCUGAGUGUUAACAGAACAGGCCGGGCAAUAAGUCCUGAGGUAUAAUUUAAACCAGUUUACUAACGGUAUUUAGUGUGCGAUUCUUUUGCUUGCGUUUAGCUUUCAGUGGUGAUGUAACAGAUUUUUUUCUUCGUUUUUUCAGAGAAUGAACAUUGGUCUUCGUGCAUUUUUUGUCAUUGCUGAUAGUCUUCAAAGAAAGGUAAGGGUUUUAGUUUGUAACAGUAGUAAAGAAAAUAUUGAACCAUUAGCACUAAAACUGUUCAGUGUAAAUGGUAACUCGGUUUAAGUUUGGUUUAGCUGUUCUUGGAAGAAUAUGCCACAAAGCACUGAGAAUUUGAAAAGAAUAUAUCUUAAGCCUUUGGAAACGUUCAGAAUUGUUUUCUCUUGCUCUGUGAAGACCAUUAGAGUCUAAAUGUUCAGGUAGAACACAAGUGAGACGUUAUUUGGCGUAUUAUUUUCUUCCCUUUUAUAUCGUUUAAUAGCUACUGGAGAAAAAUGUAAGACCUUAAAAACUUGUCAACUAUUGUCAUUUAUGAAAGGGCAUAGAGGCGCCAGCAAUGCCGACAUCCACUGCUCCUUUUCCAUCUGGUAGCACUGUCAGAGUGCGAAGAGUAGCCUCGAUGAAAAAUUUGACAGAAAGUCAAGCUAGCAGCAUUGGACUGGCUAACUAUUACCACGGGUAUGUUUGAAAAAUUGAAUGUAAGGUUUUUGAUUUUCACUUGCCUGCAUGACACUUGCGUUGACAUUGAGACUGCGAUACUAAUCACACCGCCAUCUUGGAUGAGACUAGGACCAUUGGAUUGGUUGAUUUGUACCUCGUGGUACAAAAUCCUGUAACCUGAUUGGCUCUGUCUCAUACUGUCCCCGUAUACUCCUCAAUGUGGCUUUGAACCAACAAUACAGAUUCUUUUUAAAGUUUGGAAAAAUAGUUUAUUGUGCACACCUAACCUUUUAUAUUAUUAAAAUUUCUUUCUUGAUAGCAUCCGUAAAGCUCUGGAUAGUAUCAUAAGAUCCUUAGAUGCACAGAUUGGCAGGCCUUUGAUGAUGACAAAUCCACAUUGUUCUCACAAGGAGCCUGAAGAUAUUGCCACGUUAGUGUUCUUUGUGAAGAGAUUAAGUCAAUUGUUAUCAGGACAAACUCAUUAUUUUUCGUUUGAUUUCCCGUCUCUAUCUCUCCUUCUCACAUUUGUUUACUUUAAUUUUGUCUUAUACAGAGGAGAACGAAAACCAAAGGUUGAUCCAAAAGUUGAGCUGUUCAGGACUUGUAUUGCUGCCAUUCCAAGGUAUCUAGCAUGAAAUUUAUUUCCGUUCUAUCUCUGGUUCUAGUGAUGAACCAAACUGACGCUUAAAAACAAUAAUUACACUUUGGUAAUAGCCGUCACAAGUGCAUUUGAGAUUGAUGUCGACAUCAAUUUUUAAACCUACAGGUGUAUUCCAGAAGGUAUGACUAAAGUGGACCUAGUAGAUCUUCUUUCACGUCUCACUGUUCACAUGGAUGAAGAAUUGAGAGGGUAAGAGAGGAUGAUGUACACUGCACUAUGUAAUGCGACUUUUUUUUUCGAGGAUUGCUCCGAAAAGGUCUGCUCUCAGUGAUGGCGAAUGACGUUCGGAUGUUGCGAAGUUUUUGUCACAGUCACAUGACACUUAGCAAAAGACUGUUGAGUUGAAAUUGUUCGUAAUUUCUACUGUAAUGAUAUUGGCUAAAGGAAUGGAAUGGCGUUCAGUUGGUGAGAUUUAAGUAUAAUAAGCUUCACUGAUAUAGUUCUGAUCAGCGCAUUUGUUCAAAUCCAGGCUGGCCCUGUCUUCUCUUCAAUCCCUCCUGCUUGACUUUGCAGACUGGAGAGAAACUACUAUUUUAGGUAAGGUGAUGAUACUGGUCUAUACAUUCAGAAUGAAUUCCAGGUAAAAGCGAGUUUCGAUUUAUUUACUUGUACAUAUUUCAGGGUAUAUCAACUUUAUUCUACGUGAGAUCCAAGACAACCUGCCAUCACUGCUGGACAGUGCUAUGCGUAUGUUGUUGCAGCUGCUGGCUCACUGGAAGACUGUAGUCUCUGCUGGUCCAGAGGAUUCUAAGGUGGGUUGCGAUGUUCCCAUUUUAACUCCCCACUCUGCUUAUUAAUUGAAUGUCAUGAACCAAAACUGAAACAAUCACAACCACCGAUCAGAAAACAGGAAAAGAUCACAGCAAGCCAAUGAGAACUCAAAGUGAAGAAAAAUGCGAGUGACCACUUUUUGAUUCUUCUAGCUCCGCCGAAUCCAAUGGGAUGAGAGGUGUUAGUUUUCUAAGCCAAUUGCAUUACCAAGGCAAGCAAAUUAAAAGCAAAGCAGGGCGUUUCGCGCUUUUGUUCUCGCGCGUUUGACUCAUCUCUCGCGUGCGUCCGCGUGUGUACCCUCGACUGAAAAUACAAGAAACCUACGCUUGUGCUGCGACCGUUGGCUGACAUGUUUUUCGCCCUCUUUUCAGCGUUUGCGAUGACCGCACUAAAACUUUACAGAGUAUGCGUUCGAGAGUUAGCGUGUAACAUGCAUUUUUUUUGUCAGUCCACACAGGAUGCUCAGCUGGAAUUAUCUGCUCACAGUUUGCCAUGUGAUAAAGAAGUUGACCGAAUAACUGUGCUUCAUAAUGUGGAGGGGUUUGCUCUUGUUAUGCUCUGCAGGUGUGUUACGCACUAAAUGAACCUUUUUUGUGGAUAAAAUGUUACGUCGAACGACUUGAAUCUUCAACAUCCCCGUCGUCCGUACCUGGGGAGGGUGGGAAAUUCAAACCUUCCCUGGUUAGGGUGGGGAGUGUGAACCAUAAGUUUUAAGUCUCUCCAGAUGAGCACUAAGGUAACAUCUUUAAAUAUAGAGCUGUUUAAUGUAAACAGUUCACUUUCGCGAUAGAAUGACCCGGGAGAAAAGGUCUACAAGGUCAAGCUUAGUCAAAGCUUAAAGCUCAGUCCAUGGCGGUGAAGAUAGUCACGGUCGCUGAUUUUUUCUUUUAGAAAAAAUUGGGUUGGGCCUUUGAACGCAAUUUUUGCCCCCCCUGGGGGUAGGAAUUUGAACAAGCCAAUCUUGAAAAGUUCAAAUGCGCGGGGGGUUGUCCGGGGGGAAUGUUGAAGCUUCGAGUAGAUCGGCGCAUAAUAUGCUUUUUCACCAUUUUUCUUUAUUUCUGUUGUGGUCUUAAAAUGCUGAUAACUCUUUUCCUUUUCGUAUUUGUAUCUGUGUUUAGUAUACAUCCUAUCAUACGGAGACUUGCCUUUCUUGUUCUGAAAGAAGUGCGGACACUAAGUAGUUUGAUGGACCUCACCGACAAGGUAAAAUUAGUGGAAGCUCUUUGUUUAUCAAACAAUUACUCUUUCCAUUGAUAAACAACUAAAAGGAUAGCUUAACUGACCUCAAUUUUUAUUUUCUUCAAGGAAAAAUCUGACAAACUAGUGCUCGAUGUAAUAGAUCAAGUUUUUCCAACAGUACUUGAGAAGGUUCUGCAUUCCAUACCUCAGAGUGAGAAGGUGGGUGGCCCUUCUGUCUCCUACUGCGUUGUUUUGGAUUUCAGUGUCUAACAUUUUUAGUCUAUUAAAUAUGGUUGGUUGGUAUGACGCGGCAUGUUUUCUCGGCCAAAGCACUUUAUCAGUUACCUUUCGCAGUUUUCAAGCAAGUAAAUUCUUUGAGCUUCACACUCAUCUUUAAUGUAAUGUAUUGAUAUUGCGGGAAGAAGUUACGUGCAUAUCGCCUUAAAGUUAAAGUUAAAUCAGAAGUAUGUUGUUGUUUUAGCUCUUCACAGGGCCAAUUGGCAAUGUUGACAUUAUGGUUGUGAAUGAGCGGCUGUCAGGUAACAUGGACAAAGAGACAGGAGAGCAGCUGAAUAUUUCAUUACACAGUUUCUUCUGGUCCUCACUUAUGGCAGGUCUUCUGAACAAGUGGUACCUUCCUGAAUUGAGUCCUUCUGCUCUGCAGUUUUGUUGGCCAAACGUCUUCAGUCGACUUCUCACUGUUUAUUCGCUAAUUGACUCAGGGUAAGAAUCGGUUCUUUAUCGUACUAACUCACGGCACGUUUUGAUUGGUAAUUGUCUUCGAUCUAUCGGAGUUCAGACACACGUUUGACGGCAUACAAAGAUUGUUUUCUAUGUUUGUCCAAUAUGGCACGCAUUUGUGGAAAUGGUUGCAGGAAUUUUCCUUAUUCAAGAAGCGAAACGUGCUAAAAAGGAAAGUACUGGAAGGUCUUGACGAGCGAAGAAAAGAAAAAUAAUUCCUAGCUUCUCGACUAAAACCUAAAUAGAAACAUUUCGUUCGAACAGUCGAGUACUACAAGGCCAGAUGAUAAACUUUCUUCAUUUUGCGCUUCUCUCCAUUGCUUAAACAGAUUCAUUCCAUUUUGCCAUGUGUCCGUUCAGUUGUAGAUCACAAAGACGCUAAAAUGUGGGAAGAACAUCAGUGAUAUUUAAGCUAACCUUUUUUUCGUUCUUACCACAUUUUACGUCAUCUGUAUUUCAGGUCAAAUGGAAUCUUUCAAAAUUAUGUGAAGGUCUUUCCGAAUGACAUGUUCAAUUGAUAAUAUUUUUGUUCUGUUUAUAGGGCGUCAGGGAUAGAUUCCAUCACCAGUCUGUCUUCUGUUUAUAGCAGAGGACCAAAGAAGACCAUGAACACGAGCCAUGUGUGCCUGUUUAGAAAUUACCUUAUAUUCGCUUGUUGUGCUUAUCCGCGCUCCCUCCCCCUAAGGAGCGACUCGUCGGAGCACGAUGGAGGGUUAGUUUAACUGUUACUUUACUGUACUGACUUGCUUUAGAAAGCGCCUUCUCCGAUAAAGAAGGCGCCGCCUCUUCGCUCUCUGGAAACAAUUGAGUUCUUAAGCGAGCAAUUGGCUCUUUUUCUAGCCCACUGAGAUUUUGAACAAUGUUGAGAGGGCCGAAAGCUCGCGGUGGAAGGACCUUUAUUUUUAUACAAAAAUUAAUUAAAAUUAAAUCAACCCACUUGUAGAGAAAAUCUAAGAUCCACUGCUUGCGUAAAACCGCUGUUUGGCUUAGAUCUCCUGAGAGUAACCUGCCCAUGGUUUUUAAAACGUGAAUUUUGUGAAAUAUCGGAUGACUAGGGAUGGAAAUAAAUAUAUCGAGAACGGUUCUUCUGUAGAAUUUCAGUUUGAUAAAUUUCGAGGAAUAUUAUGUAGAUUUUAGCUGUGACAUUUUCCUUUUUUCUAACAUUUUCCAUCAUUUGUUACCACUGUUGAAUGAAUUGAGGAGCUUUACGAUAGGAAACUUAAGUCUAUCUUAUAUUGUGUAUUGCAGAACUUCAUCAGAAGGCUCGGAAACGAGAGGUGAUUCCAGGGUAAGUUGUCCUGGUGUUCUGAUUCUACAAUCGACGAAGCAUUGGUUACCGUUGUUUUCAAGAAAGCAAUUUGGUAUCAUGUUUGGCUUAAAAACAAACUUGUUGUUAAAGUAGCUAACGAUUCUACCCCUUACGAGAUUGUUUUAUUGGGAAAAAUAUAUAUAAAUUGAGACACGGACUUACUCAAAAAUUUCGUUCCAAAUCAUUUCUACUCCCAGGUGUAUAAAGUUGAACACGAGCUUGUAAAGAUCGAGUUUCUCUCAUAGAUUCAAACCUAAACCAGGUGUGAUUUAGAGGUCCGAUGCACGGCCAACUGAGCUUCUGAGAAUCUUUGGCAAAUCAAGCCAUAUCUGUAGUGGGUUCCUAUGCGGCAAGCGUCGUGCAUGUUUGAAAGAUGCAGGAUCAAAAAUGUCUUGCGUGUUCUGUCCGUAAAUGAGGUUGGAAAGAUGCCAGAAAAAUUGUUUAGUGCACAUAACAAGAGUGUGAGGGAGAAUUCUUAGUUUUCGGUUUUAUACCUUUCAGCCUCCAUCUCCAAAUAUGGUGGACAGUUUGUUCAGAUUUGCUGUACCUUUACUGAAAAGUGACUGCUCUGAUAUCAGGGAGGCUGUCAUUGUUGGCCUGGGAAGGACGAGUCCAAGUUCUUUUAGGUAAAAUUCAAACCAAAGAAAGAAAUAUGCUCAAACAUUACCACUCAAUGUGUUUAUGUUAGUAACUUGCCUAUUUGUGUUUUGUAGAGAGUUACUUGAAGAACUCCUUUUUCUUCUACGAGAAGCUUUGGACCGUAGGGCAGAGGUGAAUGUUUCUUAACCUGUUUAGCAUUAUUAGAUUGGCUGAAUAAGAAUCGCCUUCAUCUUGAGUUUGAUUUGAAGGUUUCUUUAUAAUCUUCCUGAUGUAAGUAGUAAUGAAUAUCCUCGGCUUUUUAACAAUUCUGCUAAUUUUUACAUUACUGAAGUAGAUUGAAGCGAAACCUCGACAGUAGGCAAGAUCUUUGUCACAUGUAGAUUUAUUUACACUCCUGAUUUUAUCAUCACAGGGUGUUAGACGAAGAAGAAAGCGAGACGUAUUGCGAGCAUAUCUGGUCAGGAUAUUUGAGCUCAAUGCCGAACAUGGUUGUUUUCAGGAUAGGUUUGUUACCACAUUCAUCUUCCUUCGUUCAGAGAACCUUUUUUUCAUUCAUAGGUGAUCCUCCAUUUGCAAAAAUAUCAAAACAAUUUCCGUCUGACAGCGUAGCAUUUCCCAGUGAAAUGGGUCGUACACAGUGUGGUAUCAAAAUUGCAUCCUUCCAUAAUUCUUACCAUCUUUCUUGAUCUGUUUCCUGAAUGACACGUUGGUUUUUACGUCUGUGAUUUAACGGGUUGAUCUUCAAAUGUAGUGGAAACUUUGAUGUAACGAGGAAGUCGUGCGCGAGUGGAGAGUGCCUUGCGUGAAGAAUGAACGUAGAAAAGUUGUUGACUAAAUUGAUGGCAUGCGAAUCACUGUUGUACGGAGAAUGCUGGUGUUUCUCUUUCAUGAACCUUACAUUUUUAAACUGGCUCCGUUAUUACGAGCUAUGUUAUGGACUUGUUAGUAAUGGCGUCCAUUUAUUCUGUUCUUUUUGUUUACUUAGCGCAAGUGAGCUGGUGACGGAAGAUGGACUCAGUGCAACGUUUAUUGAAUAUAUCGACGGAACGAGGUAUUUCAUCCGCCAGAACACGGCGUACGAGCAGUAACCGUAGGAGUGCUUUUCGUUUGAUUGUCCUGAAACCAUAACCAAAAAUUACCUCAACAGCCUUCCAUAACAAAGGAAACUAUCAUGAGGUGUCACCACGAAUGAAAGUAUAAAUUUCAAACCUGCAGAUAGCUUGAAGCAUGGAAAUAGGCUAGGGACCAAGUUGUGAUAGGUUUGAAUGAUUCGUCGUUUAGAUAGUGCGAGUCUUCUACACCUGUCACCAAGCGAAGCAAAGAAAAUGAAUGAUUGUCGGAGGAAUUUUAGGAUAACUAGAAAUCCUUGGGAUUCAUUUUCUGCAAAGAUCAUUUCAAAUGUAUGGCUUUAUGUUGACGUAGAACUUAUAACUUUGUGCCAAGUAUGAAACUCUUAUAAAGACCUGACGUUAUUCGCAUUUUUCAAUUGUAACUUCGUGUUUAUUGUCAUCAGGUUGUACCUCGAAAGUGAAAGUGACAAAGACAUGCCCGCCAUUAUGCAGCUUCGACUUCACUUUGCAAACUUUAUUUACAAAAUGAUCACCUCCGUACCUGGUAAGUCAAACUGUUCCCCGAUUUCACUUGUUCGCUUUUCAUGACAAUCCUGUAGCAGUUAAGCGUAACUCGAAUAUGCUGCUGUCUUGCUCAAUAAAAAGCCUAUUUUUUUUUUCUGAUAUCUACUGCACCAUUGCUCUCCAACAGUGGAAAGUUAAAAGGACUUUAUUCUCUUCUCCUGCACCUGAUGGUGACCCGUUUUAUUGUUUUGACAGCUUCCCUUCGAAGGAAUCUUCUGCCAGAUGACUUGCGCUGUAACCUGUUUUUCCUGUUUAGUAGUUGGUGUGCCCAUUUUGGAGUCAAAAGCCUCGGACUUGAAAAGUAAACUUUUUAUUUCGAAGAAGUUUCAGUGAUUUCAAAUUUAGUCCUCUUUCAUUUGUCUUUGCUUGACUUUCCUUUUCAGUUUAUGAAGUUUGGUUAUUAACUGGGUUUGUUUAAAUUGCUUUUGUAGAACUCCGCUCAUUUCAAGCGCACAAAGCAAUGAUUUGGAGCUGGCUUCUCUUCAUGUAAGAAAUACAGUACCUCCUAAGGCUUGUACAUAGGGCGCUAAAAGUAUCUCUACACGUGUAGUUUGUCAUUAAAAACGUUAGAUCUUUGCAUCCGUACGAGACUGCAAAGAAGACUAUGAAAAGUUUUUUUUUUUUUUGUAUCCGUUAGGCCAUGUGUGGCUUGUUACAAUGUGGUCCUGCAUUUGAUCCUAAUGGUCUUUCCACUGGCGGUUAUCUCUACAACUGGUUACAAACUGUGCUAAAUUCUCCGAAAGAUAGGGUUAGUAUUUAUGGCGGUUGCUUUAUUUAUUUCUUUAUUUGCAGUGUUGUUGUCAAAACGCCGCGCGAUGCAUUCGUUUUUCAGUGUAACAGUAUUUAGAGGGGGAAAGCAGGGUCUGUCUGCCGAAUUCUCUUCUCGAGUUUACAUUCUUCGUGUUUGAGUUUUGGGUUGGGAAAACAAACAGCCACAGGAAGUCAAUAGUUAAGCUAUCUGCCAAGUAAUGCCGCAUUUAAAGUGUAUUUAGAUUACGAAGUAGCCACGAAAAUGAGCAGCGAGGCUCGGAACGGAAAGAAUUGAUAGUGGCUGGACAGCCCUUGUUUUUGUUGAACUUCUAUAAAAACACUAGUUACGUCCAUGAGUCCAAUAAAAUCAGAUCUGUACUCUGUAGAAACUUGGAAGUCACGAGAAGGGCGAAGGUGUGCACUGUAAUGUUCUAGAGUACCAAAAUUAAUUAUUCUAGAUGCUUGCUCAAGUAGAUUGACCGUUUUCCGCUGUAUUAUAAAAAAUGCAAUUUUCUCUUCAGAUCCAUCAGUUGGGACAUGAUACACUGGUUAGCCUGCUUGAGAACAAUGCCAACAUCCCUUCUCUCCUUUACUGGGUGAUAGACAAGUGUUACAUGGGUGCCAGGCUGGUGGUCAGUGGUUGCUUCAAGGCACUUGUUUCUGUGUUUACCAAGAGGUAACUGAACUGUUUUUCCCUUUUUGCAAACGUGUUUAAGAGUGUGGUGCAUACAAGAAAUUAAUAAAGGCAGUUUAAUCCCUUACUACUUGUUCGUUUCCUAUUGCUUACUCUCACAGUGGAUUAUUUUUUAGUCCUUCUUUUUAACGGUGAUCUAUUUGUCUCCGUUGGUUAACAGUGAAUAUCCGUGUGAAAUGAUUCCCAUUCUGAAUGUGGUGUUGUUCAAAACUGCUGAUUCUUCACUGGACAUUCGAGAAAAGGCGGCACAACUACUUCAGCUUCUAGAGAGGUAGAGCUCUAUUGCAGUGUUAUUGUGGAAUUUAAGCUGUCGUGCCGAGCUGUGUCACUGAAGUAAGGCAAAGAACAGCUUUACAAUUUGUUAAUUUUUGUUUUUUCGUCAAUUGAAAUGGCUUUGCUUGAAAUCUUUUAGACGUUUCUUCCCGUUUACAACACCGAGCUUGUCAUGUGCAUUCCGCUGCUCCUACUCACAAUGCCAGAGGACAUUAUCUCAAGCGCUAGCCACAGCUCACCCGGAAAUCACCAUCCAUAUGUUUGAAGGUAUGUUCAGCAGACUUUAUGUUAUAUUUCUCCCUUUUUCCCCUCAUUUUCUUGGCUACAACUAAUAUGCAAGUGAUCGGAAACACUAAAUACACUGUUACUGCGGAUGGCAAUCAACAUCAGGAACUGAAGGACAGACGGUUUUGAAACGUGGAGGUGGACCCUGCAGGAAAGCAGUAAAAAAUGUUUUGUUCACGGCUAAUGCACAAACGGCUGAAAGACAAAGGGUUACCAAAUGUUCCCAGUAUGAGGCUUUGGUGCCUACGCGCUUCGUCCGUGCUGCGAGCUCCGCUAUAAUCGAUGAUAUUCAGAAUUGACAGUUCGCUGUUCUGAAACAAGUUCAUCAGAAGGACUCUCUCGUUCUCUUCUCUCUCUUGGCAGAGAUGACCGCGCGCUUCGAGAUGACAUCCUCAAUAGGUCAGCGGUGUAUACUGCAAUACAUGCUACCUUGGUUAGCAAAUGUUGAAUUGGUAGACUUGUCCAAUUCCUUUCCCACUCCCCCUGAGUUGAACAUAGAGACGGAAGAAGAAGAAGAAGAAACUGAUGCUAUGUCGCCUGUUAAACUAGAGGGGGAGGGGUGGGGGUCCGUCGAAGCUACUCAGCUGGUACUUAACAAUCUAUUCUACAUCACUGUCAAGGUAGGUGCGACUGGGUUUUAGCUUUUAAUUUAUAUUGGCAUUUCAUGACAAGGUACAUGUAGAGGCUCCUUUCCAAACAGAAGGAAACCUUCGCUCGCUAGUAACUUCUUGUGCAUGUAGAAUGACUGGAAUAAUUGAUCAAUCCUGAGCUUAAAAUGACUGGAUAGUUAGGUUGUUUUUCCUUUUAUGAACCUUGUGACUGGAAAAAGAUCAAGCCUAUGGGUCCUUUCCUCUUUCUGAACAAAGGAUCUAUUGAAAAAACGAAAGUCGGCCUCGUGUAUUUUUUGUUUUUUGUUUUGGAACCUAAUGGACAAAUCUGCGAGAGUAAGAUAGGUGCCCCUUGCGUAGCCAAUUAGAGCAUGCACGCUUCAUUCUCGCUGCUAGCGGAGCCACCCACAUUUGUUUUGUCAGCCUUUUAACAGUAGGAACAGGUGAAAGAAUAGGUGAAGUAUAGUCUAAUAUCUACUGUUGAAGCACACAUAUUUGAGUAUAAAUUUAUCCAGUGUCUCACUUCACGUUAACUUAUUUCAACAGUAUGACGAGAUAUUCUCUAAAGAGAUCGAGGAGGCCUGGGGCAGUUUGUGCAGCCGAUGGGAGGAUAAUAUCCAUGAGAUCUUGGGUUAUCUUAUAGCUCUGGCUGGUAUUAUUGGUAGUUCAGAAGUACUAAUUCACGUAAGUGAUCAUUUACUGUGCAUCUACGGUAACCUCGGCCACCUAAACUCUAAAAAAACCGAUCAGAGUGCAGAACUGAAACUGUACAGAAUUAUAGGCUAAUUCAAACAAUCUGAUCUCGGCCCAAAACAAUGAAAUCUUAAGCUAAAGAAGAAGGUUUUUCUUUUCUCUUGACACGAGCGUAAGACAAAGAGAAACAUUCUUAGAUCCCUUGAGAUUGUCGAACCUCAGACCUUUGCAAUUUGCUUGCUGUUACUUUGAUUCCCAUGGGCUCCUUGUGAUAUAUACCUUUGCAAGUAGUCGUUUUAGCAACAUUGGUUUUGAUUCUCGAAACGAGAUAGAAAUGUUCUCUAAAACAGUAAAUUUCGCGGCUUUUCCGCUGUUGAAAGGUGGCUGAGUCCUGUAGCUUUUGGUCUCUGAUGUAAUGUUUUACAUUAAUUUUUAUUACUUUUUUUUAGGCAAAGAAGCUAGCUGUGUAUGUGGCCCGUGCAAGAAAACAGAAAACUGUCGAGGAACUUAUGGAGGAGCUUAAGGUUUGAGAAUCAAUAUCUUUUUAGUGGGAUAAAUUCGCACUGUAUAGGUGCAUUCUUAGUUGGUUCCAAAGCAGUAGCUCAAUGCUUUUUCGCUCUUUAAAAAGGCUCUCUCUCAACUGUACUAUUCCUUCCAAACUAAGCACACGGGGAAUUAUUUUUGUAUCCUUCGUCUCUUUCUUCCAUAGUCAAUAAAAUUAAUCCUGCAAGGUUAGAAAGCCAUGUUCAAAGGCGUAUUUCACAAUAUGACUGGCUGGGUGUUGAAAGCGCUCUCAUACCGCUGCUGUGUCCCAGUUUUGGUCACCGAACCUUCUAUUUCAAAUGAAUGUUUGACUUUCGUCCUUGUUUCACGGAUCGUUUUGUGUGUUCUCUGGUUUACGUCUUGUACAACGAAAUGUCACUUUCUUUUACGACGUGAAUCAGAGGACGAUUGAGUUUCACCUACUUCGAUUUUGUAUCGUCUCGUUGCUUUAUUUGAUGUGAUGAUUUCUUGCACAUUUUGAACAAGAACGUAACAGCAUAUUUUUGUCCGUAGCUCACAGAAACAGUGGCCUCACAAUUUGAGCGGUGCGACGAUGCGCCAUUUUUCCGUCCUCUGCAAAAGACGUCAUCUAGUCGGGACUCAGUCAUCGAGGGUUCGACAGGAGAGGAGUCCAGGUCACUGGCGCGAAAAGAGACGACGUCGCAAGCGAAAGUUACUAAAGAAGAAACAAAAACAGACGAUGAACUGUCAAGAAGGACGUCAAGAGACGAGAGAAAGGAGUCGAGAGAAGAAAGACGCGAGGGGAAGGAUGACAAGAAGGAAAAAGGCGAUUCUCUUCCAAGGACUUUGGAGAAUGGUGGGUUCAUAAUCAAAAUUGUAAUUCUCCUUGCUGUCAACCAUACAAUUCUUAUAGUGUUAGUUCAGAGAAUUUAAUAUUGGAUCAGCUAAUUAUCCCUUAAUCGGUGUUUUCCUUUAUUCUCAUCACUUGUCUGCUUAAUAUUGGAUUGGUUCUAUAAUGAGAAAUUCUCUCUAUGGGAGUUAAAGGGUUAAUUCUCGUUAUGAGGUUCUCAAGAGUAGAAUUCGGAGCAAUUUGAAAAGUUGGGAGUUUUCAAUCGAGGGCUGAGUUUGCCAACUAAAACCUGUUUUCAUUGAAUCUCUCAUUUUUACGCCUUUUAUUAUUGGAACUCUCGUUAAGAUCAUCAGUUCUUUCGUCGCCUUCAUUAUGUCUUUCGACGAGCAUGUUUUGUCCGGAAUCGAGUGCACCACCACGUUUUCAUCCUAGCUUAGGCAGAAAUGACGUUUUAUUAAUCGUUCGCCACUCUUGCACCAGAUGUACUGGAUUCGGCUGUACCACUGGCGGAGCCCGAAGAGGUUGAUCAGAUUGAAGAGGAAGAUAAACCUGAGGGGGCCUGGGCACAAGAGUGGAUGAUCAUGGCGCACAGGCUGGUUAAUUCUGGUUUGACUCUUUCGUUACCAGUCCCUGAAGGAGAAAAAUUCUUCGCUCCUCUUCCUGACAUUCUGCCGUUUGCACCUUCCGUGGCUUCUCUAUACAGGUACGUUUCGAUCCUUCAACUUCCAUGUUGUAACUUUGAGAUGCCAGAAAUUCAAGAAGCCUGAAGUUUUGAUUCAUUUGAAUAAAGGGCGCAAGUUUUUUAAAAUAAAGUAUCGUGCUGCGUCAGUGGGGUAUAAUAAGAAAGUUUGAUUUUAUCAACUGAGAUAAAUUAAGCUAGCGCUGACGAAGGGCUAACGCUCGCAUCGUUAGCUUUAGAAACUCUUUGGGGUGGCCAAAUUACAUUAUCGGCCCAGUUGAUAAACCAAGUGAUUAGAAAGUUUUUUCAGGAUUUCAUUUCUGCGAGGACUGACGAGUUUGUUACGUAUUAACCACGCUAUCAAAUUUUCAAAACUGCAUCUUCAUUUCCUUUCAAUGAUUUUCUUAUUUAGUUUUACCGUAGUCAUACUAUUUCAUCUUGUUUUCAGAUGUAACUUUGCUCUCAUGCUGCUUGCGGAGUUAGUUCUUGACCAAGCUUCUGUUGAUUGGGAAGAACAUCUGCCUCUCAUGUUGCAUGUCAUUUUUCUUGGUAAGUCUUGGCGAUUUUACAGAACCACAAUGUACGUUGUCAUUUUCCAGAUGGCAAGUUUACCGAUCGAGCUUAUCCGUAUUGGUUAACUCUUUACACCCUAGCAUCUGUAUGUAUCUUCUCCAUACUUUCUUCUAUACAUUUCCUUAGGAGGUAACGAGGAGAAUUUGUUUAAUAAUCAAGAGCUUCUUUAGAUGGUGAUCAUUUCCUUUAUUCUCGUGACCUUAAGGUGUGAUUCAGUAGUGAUAUUGUAAGGAGAAGUUAGAUGCCAAUCACUCUGAAGGGAUAAAGGGUUGACCAUGUUACAUCAGUUCUAAAAGGGAGAAACUUGAAAAUUUUGCUCUCCAUUUCAUCACGUUUGACAAACAUUGAAUGAAAAUUAGAACAUUUAUCUCCUAAAAGGUUAUUGAAUUCUGGGCCAUAAAUAUUAUGUUACAGUUGGUCUCAAAACUCUCAUAUCCAGCAAACCGUCGAGCGAAAUGGAAAUUUUAGCCUUUACAGUUCAAGUCUAUCACUUGUAAUAUGUUUUAAUCUCCUAACCUUCGUUUUUCCAUCUUGGUUGUUAUUGCUUCUUCCGAGAGUUACAUUUGCUGAACCAAUGUUUUUUGACCUUAAAAACAUUUGUUUUUCUAAAGCUUUGGAUCACGGCAAGGCCUUGGUUUACGAACACAGCAAGAGAUUAUUGGUCAAUCUCAUUAUAGUUCUGGUGUGUCGGGGCGACCACGUCUCUUUGGCACAAUCGCUCUUCAACUUCAUCACCGUGUCUGAACAAGGUCUUGGUAAACAUGGCCUGUUGAAGUCCUCGUGGACGCUGGAUGUUGGUAAUUUUGUUGGUAUGCCUGGUCCUGGUGCGGGCGCUGGGACUGGUGCGGAGUGCGACAGGCAAGGUGGUUCUUCGGUGCAGAGUAAUGCAGCUAGUGCAGGCACUAGCCUCUCUGAGUGAGUUUCGUACAAUUACUGUUUUGGAGCUGUGGGCUCUUAAAAUCCGGAUACUCUACCACCCCUACCGUGCUUUUUAGGCCCUCGUGUUAAAUGGCGGCCGGGGAUAAGCUGCAAAAUGUUAAAGUACACUGUCAAUCUUCUAGUACACUCGGCAUUAUUUGUUAGGAAUGAGAAAGUUUCGUUUAAACUUUGCUGAUUUCAAAGUUUUCGGUCAGAAGCAAGGGUCAGGAUAUGAAUUGUGGUCUCCUUUUUGCUCUAAGGUUAACCUACUCCACAUAUCCAAUAAGUGCUAUUGAAUUUUUACAACGCCAUUCAUAAGUCUUUAGUUAGUACUUGUCACUUUUUAAUGAGAGUUUGUGAACAAUUUGGCCGCUGUUUCAAUGUAGGUCUGCUGCUGGCGGUAGCUCUCUGAAUAUUGCAUUACCUCCCGAGGAAAACAGUGCCAACAGACUUGUGGAGCAGAUCCAAGAACUCAUUGAAUUUCUGGCAAACAGGUGAAGAAAGCUCUAUACCGCAGCUGUAUCUGACUUCUCACAGGGCUUCGUACAAUUUGCUUAAAAAGAACCCGUGCAACCCUAUUUAAGAAUUGGUCGUUCUCAGAUUUAACCCUUUUUGUUACUCUCUCCUUACACAAGAUUUCACGGACGUUGCUCAUCCUCAACAUUUUGUGGGUCUGGUUAUCUUUACCCUUUUGGUAGAACAUUUAUCUGCGAAAUCGGAUUUUUCUGGAGUUCGAUUCCUUAUUGAGGACUGACCAGCUUUCUUCUUUGUCCCACGCUGAUGACGUGUUCCAUGAACAUAUUUUUUGUAAACCGAACUUCACUCCCUCACAACGAACUAGGCACUUACCAAGUUAUUUACUGAUUUCCUUCUAUUCUUGCAGUGACUGUAAGCCUCUCUGGGCCUUUGAAGAGAUCACGCCACGUUCAUACAAAAUCAAAAGCGCCGAACAGCUGGAAUUGUUCGUUGCAUCAGUUGUGCAAAUUUUCCAAGCAUCUGACUCGGGCAGCAAAGUGCAAGAAGCCAUGGCUAAGGUGGCUCUUCAAUGGGCCACCUCGUGCUCAUCAAGGCACUAUGCUGGCAGGUCCUUCCAAGUGUUCCGUGCUCUGAAGGUUCCUCUCUCCUGGUCCAUGCUCUCUGAUGUCCUCUCCAGGCUGGUAGAGUCUGUUGGUGAUGGCAGUGAAGAUGUUCAGGUGAGUGGAUUUGAUUGUUUUGGGUUGGGUGGUGUCUUAUGAGUACAGCAGGAGCCCAUUGCUUCUGAAGCUUAUUCCGGUUGUCAUAGUAUAAAGCAGCUUGGUAUAUUUCGUUCUUGCCUCGUCGCUAUUCCACUGCGGAAUUCGUCAAGCUUAUCGAACAGUUCCCCUGUACCGAUUUCAUUUUCCUGGGUGGAAAAUGGGACUGUGAGAGUUUUGUGUCUCGAUAAAAAACACAAUACACAACACAACACUACGCAACACAACAUAGCGUUCGUAAUUCAACGUAACACAACGUGACACAACACAAAGACAUUAGAAUAAAGGCGUAAGUUUCUAACGGAACUGUGGUGCUGUGUCUGUGAGGGGUAUCAUUCGAUAAUACGGUAAAUUGGCCAUCGUAAAGAGUUUCUAAAGCUGACGACUCGAGCGUUAGCCCUUCGUCAGAGCAAACACUUGAAAAGUCUGCCUUUGAAAAUCUUUACGGUGACCAAUUUGCAUUAUCGUGCAAUGAUGCCUUUAGGCAGAGUGAAAGUUACUGUUCUCUUUUCUCUACCUAUAUAGGGCUAUGUCAUGGAGAUCCUUUUGACCCUUGAGACAGCAUCUGAUUGGGCCAUGACAGACCACCCAAACAGAAGUGGGUUGGAGCAGGGGCUUGGGUUCCACUUUGAAGACGAAAAGGAAGAUAGCGUCGAUGAAUACAAUCUUCAUAUAAUAAGUGCAAGCGUCGGUUCAAUUAGUCCGCUGACCAGGAUAAGACAUGGCAGGCACAUACGUUCCCUGAGUAGUGGUUGUGAAUUCAAGAGACAUUCGUCCUUGUUCAGUCAGUUUGGACGCCUCAACGGCAACAGAGAUGACCCUAAUCUCAUCCGAACAAGAAGGUGAGAACAGUCUUACUAGCUUCCUCGUAUUCUCCCAAAAUGUGCGCUAAGUACGUGCUUAGUAAGGGUUUAGUACGCCGGUAGACCGAGGAAGAGACGAUGUUUUGCUUCCGUGAGAUGAUUAGUAAAAAAAAAAAAAGUUAUGUGUGCUUCACGCUUUGUCGGUUCCAUUAGCCGCCACUCUGAUAUCUAUAUAUUUUGUUGUAUUCCUGCCCGUGUUUGAUUUAGUGUUAGUGUGCAAUGCCUAAAGACACCGUCAGAGGCCAUCAAUCCACAGAGCCAGGCAGACAUGGUUACACGUGUGUUUUGGAUCGCUGUCUCUUUACUGGAGUCAGAUUAUGAACACGAAUUCCUAAUGGCUAUUCAUUUACUUAACAAGGUCAGUCUAUUAGAAAAGAGAGCCAAUGCACGUACUACUUAGCUUUCAGCACUGCUUGUCCAAAACUCACGGAAUAUGUUUUAGAAAUUGACUCGUCCAGCCAAACGAUUCUGAUUAAUGAAACGAGUUUUGUUAAUGUACCAGUUUGGCUGGACAGCCCCCUUCUCCUCCCCCUCCCCCCCCCCCUCGCUUAUGUUGCAAGACUUUUAUCAUUGAUUAGACGUGAGGGAUGUUAUUCAACUAUUUUCGCGAGAAUAAUGUUGGUUUUGAUGAAGCGAAGUGUCUCAUUAGUUUUGUGCAAGACAUUUCGUAGAGGAGCGAAGGCAAAGGUUUUCAGUAGUACUUUAAAACUCAAUGGCGUAUGAACAUUAGUGCAUGAAUUCCUUUACAUUACAUUCUCUUUGUUUGUGUUUCUAUAGGUGCUAUCGAUUUUGGACUUAAGUCUUCACGAUUCUCGUGACAAACUCGACAAAGUUCUGCACAGACUCAAGUGGAACGAUUUUCCAGGACUGCAAGCACUGCUGCUGAAGGUAACUUGUACUAACAACAAUCUCGUAGCGACUGGAGUUUUCAGUAAAUAAUAUUUUGAGGAUAUCCCUGAUACACGUACUUGUAUGAAAUACUUCUAUGAUAAGAAGGAUGCUAUUCUAUGCAAAAUAGCCAACUUUCAUUUCUCCUUUCCAUUCUAUUGUUUUAACGUAAUUUUGACAUUAUGAAGAGGAAGAAUGAAACCAGGGUGGCAAAUAGUCCUCUUUUAAAAAGAAAAAUAACUUCAGUGUGAUCGACAUAUCCCAGCCAAGGCCUUGAUUGUCUCUUUCUGUUCCUUUGUUUGCUUUUAAGAAGAUAAGGUAUUGAAUCGCUUAUUUCUUAUUGCGUGACUUUCAUUUCAGGGUCUAACCAAUGCAGCCACUUCUGAACCUUCUCUUCAUCUGUUGGCCAAACUGACUGUUUUCUCAAACGUGGGUCUCGUGGAUCCGUCCCAAGCUGCUGGUGAGAUAAACUUGUUUUAUAAGUGAGAAGAUAUUAUAUUGAUCAUGUCUUCUUUUCUAAUAGAGACAAGGUGAAACUUGUAGGGUCGUUCCGUGUGUUAGGCUAACCUUCACUUUUGUUUCUUGACAGGUUUUGCCCUUAACAUGUUAGCUUUGUUACCACACAUGUUGGAACAUUUUGAUGAUCCUGAUGAAUUUAGCAAGACAUGUGCUCAAAAUAUAGUACAGGUAAAAUGAUUUUGAGAAUGCUCUUUUUCAUGUUUGGCUUUUGUAUAUCCUGUUGUUCUUUCUAUUGUGUGAACCUAGGACUAUGAAAACUAUCCUACAACAUUCACGGCAAAAGAUUUAACGCAGUAAAAGUUUUAAGCGUUCAGUUCAUUGUAUUGACAACGUGUGAAAGGGGGCUGCUGGAAAAGUGAAGGUCGUCUAUAUUUCCGCUAGUAACUUAUGUCUUUGUACAAGAAAAUUAAACUGUCAGUCAACUAAGUCCAAAAGAAGUUACCAAUGGAGUGUUAUCAGGCGUAACUACAUCAUGAGACAAAUUAGAAUGUCUCAUUAGUAUUGUGCAUUUCAUAAAGAUAAAUAACCACUAUCUUUUGGAGAGGAAGCUUCAUCGCUCAUCAGAGAUGUUGAUCUUUCAGGUGUGCGGUAAUUCGGGCAAUCUCGCCCAUUUAGGAAAACUAUUCGAGAUGUACAUAGGGAAAUCUUACCAUAGACCACGAUCCACAUGGCUGGAUGCAGUUUAUAGAUACAUCAACGAUUCCUAUGGACACCUCACUCGGUCUCACGUCACCUUUCUAUUAGAGGUUGGUAUAUAUAUUUUGAGCGAUGGCUCAAGUAAAAUCAGUCAGUGUUGUGUGUUGCCCCAUAUAAAGUCUCCUGAAAUCAGUGUCAAAUUUCAAAACAUGCUGUCUUUUUUUCAACAAUACUUUUCCAAUUUCAUUCCGUCAUUCGUGCGCUGUUUCUCACCAGGUCCUAGAGCGUGGUCCCCCAGCUUACAAUCAAGUUGUGUUGGGCAUGUUGUGUUCAGUGAUGCGACUAGCGGACUUCUCAUCUCCAUCCAUGAGGCACUUUCAGAAUGAUGCACUCAAGACAAUAGCCAAGUAUCUGAAGGUGAAUAUCCUUGAUGAUGGAAAAAGACUGAUAUGACAAAUUAACAGCAACAAUGUCUUGUCACGGUUUUAUUAUGAUGUAAAGAGUGAAAUACCUUGAAAAUUUAGAAAGCUGCUUUCAACUUAUGUAAUUAUUUUUUCGGCAAUCACAAUCGUCUCCUUUUCAUUGUAGGGUAACUUCUGGAAAGAGUCUCUGGACAUUCUUAAGAUGGCAGUUUCCCACUCCUCCCACCUCGAUACACCUCCUCCACGUCCCGCCAGCUCGGUGUGGACGGCAUACGACAGCUCCUGGUCAACGGAGGCCAUGAUGAUCAAAAAAGACCUCCCGGGGAGGACUCUGGACUUCACAUUUGACCUGUCUACCACACCAGUCAUAGGGAGGCGCAGUACUCCAGAGCCCCAAGUGGACUCUGGUAAGGAGAACAAGCUCAUUUCGCCAGUGGCCACAGUCGAUAUGUCUGUAUGGAGAAAGCCGCAUCUUUCUCAGGUUAGUUGCUGCUUUUUGUCUACUUGGUCCAAGGUAUUGUUAAAAUAGCACUUUUUGUGAAGUGAGUUUUUUAAUCUUUGUAAUAAUUAACUAGUUAUGAGGUUGUCAUGUUAUGCUGCUGGAAAAUGUUUUAAGACGAAUACUUAAUUAUAAAUUGUGAGACACCCACUUUUGUUUCCAGGAUCCUCUCGAGAGAGAGGAUAGAAAUGGAGCGCGGAAAAAAAGUUUUUGUGCAGUUACGCGCCUUGAAAACAGCUUUUGAGUGAGUGACUAUUUUUUGUUGUUGUGUCUUAAAUCAUUGUAGCGGCGUACACGUGAACGACUCGUGAACGUGCUGACGACUUGUGGUCACACAGUAGGAUUAAAGCAAAGCCCUUCAGUUGUAUUCAGCUCGAGCAGUGAUCUUGCUGUAGAGAAACAAGGCGCUGGUCAACAGCCGUCGUCUGAGGAGGCAUCUUUAGCGGAAGGUCUGACUAAUGAAACAGCCAAGGACGAACUGGAACCUCAACAAGUGAGUGAUUAGUGAUUGCAUUGGUAAGAAAUGAUACAAUCAGUUUAAGAGCCUAGAUUGGACUUGGGCUUCUCGAACGGGAGUAGAGCGCGCUAACCAUCAGACCAUUACGUUUCCCUCUGGUUAUAUUGAUGAUCUGUUUUUUGUUUGUUGGUUUUUUUGAAGUUAAAUAUUUAAUUUGUUACAAGUUGUUGGUGUGAAUAUUUGGUAAUCGAAAAGAAACAAUGGUGAAGUGGGGAAGUUCCCGAGGCAGGCUUUGCCUUCAUUUACUGAAACGUUUGGGAGUAGAAACUAAUUUUGAUAUAAAGACUUAGUAUAUACGUAGGUUCCCAUCCUUACUAGUGGACGAGUAUGCUGUUGCAAAGGUGCAUGAUUGAGGAUUUGCCGUUAACAUGGUUCCCAUGUCCGUGUUUAUUUUCAGAUAAGCGUUCUGACGAAUUUCGACUUCCUGUACGACGACGAGGCCGAAGACGUCAUGUGGGGCCCUGAUUACGAGGAUCGUCGUUUGUCAUAUUGCAGCAUGGACACAGGAAGUUUGGAUCGAGACUUGAAGUCCAAUUUACAGACGCUAGAGUGUCUAUCGGGUAGUGAGCAGGAUCUCACCCCUCACGACUCCUCUGAUGAUGAGGACGAGGUACUUUGUGGGGAUGGGAUAGGCACAUUGUAUGCUUUGAAACAUUUACAUUGCAGAGCUACUAGGAGAAAAAUAGGCAACAUUUUGGCUGUUUGUUUUUGCUUGUGUUGUGUUUUGUUUCCUUUCCUUUUUUCCUAAGAACUCAAGAAAGGACAUGGUUUAAAUUCUCAAAUUUUAAGUGAACAUUGCUUUUGUUUUACGACAGAUGAGAAAAUUAAAAUUUUUCAUGUUUCUGUAAAAAUUACAUCACCUCGGUUGGAUAAGCGUCUGGUUGGAUAACCCUAUGUGAUUACGAAUUAGAAGGUGCUGCUUAAGGUGUAUUGUAUAAAUUUUCUCUAUAAGUUAAUUUCAUUUCUCGCUUAUUUCAGUCUCAAUUUUGGAGGUCUCUUACUUCUCAACAAGCCCGGAAUAAGAGCGCCUGCUCGUCUGAAAUACAAGAUUUGCAUUUAAUCAGGAUACCUACACACGAGUCUCAAAUGAUUCAGUUGUUAAAAUAAAAUAGUGUCAAGGUGCAAUUUCCUAUCCAUUGGCUCAUAAUCGAACUUUUCUUUGUUUUUUUUUUCUUUCUAGUUGAGUCGCUCGAUAGUCAGUAGUACGCUGACCGCAGUAACCGACAACUCGACAGUCAUAGAAGGUUCGUCCGAGUCAUCUUCUAAUGUGACUGUCGUUGUCAUAGACAGCGAUUCCAAGACUCCUGAACCUGGAACACACAGCCGCAGUCCAUCUGUAGAGAGGUAAAUACAACGUGCUAAUGUAGGAGCUGUACCGCUGUACUAAGAUUGGUAUUCAUUAUCUGCACACUUUCUCUUUACAUUUCCUCUGGGACUGACAUGGAGAAUUUGUUUUUGAGAAUUAGAUGCUCACUAAAUUGGUGAUCAUUUCCUUUACUCUCAUGACGUUUACAUUUGAUUUAAGGGUGAUACUGUGAGGAGAAAUUAGAGUCCAGUCCCUCUUUGAGGUGUAAGGGUUAAAGAGCUUAUGUAUUGUUUGGCGUGGAUGCCCGCAGUCAAUAAGGAUUACAGCCGAUCAGUGAUAAUAGGGACCUUAAGCAGUCAGGACAGCAACGCCUUCAGUUAAAAAAUGAAUUUCUGACUUUAAUUAGAAUUUCAAAAAAUGGCUGAAUGCGUUCACCGUCUCAUACGGCGCCGCACCUCAACUUCAGCAUAACGUAUAAAAGAAGCGUUGAGUUCCAAAUGGAAAUUAAAAUAAUUUGCCGUCGCGGUCUCUGUUUGCAGACGACGCAAUUUGUGGUGAUGUCACGUUGUUGUUUUGCAUGGGACGGCUAAGAAAUGCACAAAAUUUUCAAACGCACGUGCUAAGCUAUUGUUCUGUCAAUUAAAUCUAUUGUUUUUCCAUGUCCUCGUUGCCGUCGCCGUCGUGGUUUGCUUAAGGUCCCUAAUACGGACCAAUGACCGCAUGAGCAAACAACAACUGAUGGGCGGAAUAAAAUGAAAACGAUUCAUAGAGUUUAUCUCUUGUAGAAGAAAGCUCCUUCAAAAUGUUCCGUCUAAUUUGAGUUCUUUGGUUCUAAAAAAGAAUCAUUAUAAAAUUGUAUCCUGUGACAUUUUUCUCUAGAAGAAUUAUGUUAUUCCUGUUUCUCUGUAGUUCGGAUUCGUUACCUGGCGCUUCAGAAACCAGCUAUUCUUACAAACUGUUUGCUGUGACUGAGAUCACGUGGGACUCGCGUGAAGAGCCUGAGAAGUUGUGGACAUCGCACGUGGGCUCUAUAGUAAAAGACAAUCUAGGAGUGACCGCUGUCAACACUUUCUCCAUGUUCUGCUGCUUGUACAAGAGCACCCGCAGAAAAUUCUACAGUUUAACACGAGAGUGCUGCAAUUAUCUGGUGGAGGACAAGUUUCGAGAUGUGACCCAUCACUUUUCAAACUGUUUAGAGUUCCUAGAGUCGCGAGGAGACUGUCCCUUUGUUUUCAUUGAUACAGAGACCUUGAAUCGAACAAAGUUACUGGAGAGGCAUAAGUUCGCUGUGUUGGAACUGCAUUCGCAUUUUUCUAGCUACAUGCAAAAGAGCGAACGCACGCUAGAGUGUCUUGAUGAUGUGAAACUGGCGGUGAAGCGUUCAUCUGUGGGCUCGCAUCAUGAGGAGCCUGAAACUCGCCUGUCUCCAGACCCGGACAGUCAGGAAGCGAGGCAGGUGCAGCUGUGUCGCUACUUGUACAAGACUCAUUUUCAGUUUUUACUCUUCUGUAGCACAUACGCCCGGCUACUGGAAUCGCUGGUACAGGCUGCGCGACAGGCUGAGGUAGGUUCUAUAACCGACAACUGUUGAUAAAAGUUUAUAACUGAUUAUUAAUAGAGGUGUUGAAAUAAAGAUAUCAAACACACACAUGAUACUCGAUUGCGUGGUCAAAUACUCUACCAACUUGCACUAACAAUAUCGUAGAGUUCAGGAAAUAUGUUGCAAAAAGAGUUUUCUUCUUUCCGUUAUUGUUGCUGUUUUUCCUUGUUCCCUUUUUCCGUUUUUUUUUUCCCUCUCUUCUUUUCAUUUACCCUCUGUAAAUGCUUUCUGUCUCCAGGUAAACGAUCUAACUCAGGAGGUAACCGAAAUUCGCCGAGAGGUAUCCUCGGUUCUCGAACACCCUCUGACGGAAGACACCACAUUCGUCAAGAACUACUUGAAUACUGAACCCUUGACAAGAGACUCCGCUGUGCAGGUUCUUGUAGAAAAGCUUUGCAGCAGAGACCUUGAUCGUUCCAUCCAUCUUCUGCGAGCGUUUAGGGAGAAGUUUGGAGGAGAAGUGUUUGGUAUUUCGGACGAGGACAACUUGGACAGUCUGGUGUCAUUCUAUUGCAAACACGUGGCAGAGAAAAAUGUGGGGUCCCUGGUCAUGUCAGGUCCAAUCCAGAACUUUGCAGCGUUGUGCAGAAAUCUAAUGGAAGUGAAUGUUGCCAUUCUUGCUGCCGUUGAGGAUCUGAACAUUUAAUGACACGCGCAAUUCAGAUAAUCCAAUUAACUUUUAGAGAAAUUUUAAUUUAAAGGAGCUUUCUUUUUUUUUCCCUUGGGUAGGUUUUUUCGGGAAUUAUUGAAGUAACCAGUGCUCAAGAUCAACAAGAAAUCCCUCGGGUUUCCUGCGGUGAUGUAACAAGCGGCAACCGUUAGGUUAAGGGACCCUUUUUCCCUCGAUUUUUUUUUUCGAUGAGCUUAAAGAUUUAUAUUCUCGUUUAGUUUUUAUUCCAUACAUAUUAGAGAAGUUAAUUUACGGUUUGGUUUCCUUUACGCUUUGUUAUCUGAUUAGGUUAAGUUUAAAGGAAAUGAUAUACGAUGGAAAAAGCUAUGAAAAAACUGAUAAAAAAACUGAAAAAAACUGGAAAAAAACUGAAAAAAAAAAGAAAAAUUGCUAAUGAUAUAGUUAAGUAGGGUGACUGGAUAUAGUUCAAGAGGCAUUUUUUAAAAUUAAUUUCUUGAAUUUAGCAAACAUACAAUCCUUAUGUUUCUGGAGCAAAGGCUAGGUCACUCUGGAGGAAGUUUCAAUGUACUCAUUUUUUUUUUCUCUUUUUUUUUCCGAUGACUAUUUUGAUAUUUUGAUUGUAUAUUAAUAGGGCUCGGUCACUGAAGUUAUUUGGGAAGGUCAGGUUUGAAUUAAAUUUUGUUUCCCAGUAGGUUUAGUUGUGUAGUUCGACGUUGAAACAGCUAAUAUCCAUUAAAAGUUGCCAAAAACUUAGUAAGCAGUGAGUUUCUAAAUCGAUGUUGAAUUUGUCCUUAUCUUUAUAAGGUUUGUCUAGAAUUUUUAUCGCGAGAAUCUGGUUUUAAAUUUAUUGUGCACCACUUUCUAGAAUUUGUUCUAAUUUAGCCGUAGCGUUUCUUAAAGGUCAAUAUUUUAGCCUUAAAUAUGGCUGGAAAAUACUCGCUUUUGAUUAGUUCCAAGUAGAAAAUAUAUUUAAAUUAUUUUAAAUUAACAUGGUCUUUAUUUUAUUAGAGCGAGUUUGAGAUCUUUGAGGAAAAUAAAGUGGAAGUAUAAUGAUACAAAAGCUGUAUAGAAAAUUGUGUGUUUAAUCGAAAUAACCUUCAUGAGAAGAAAGUGACUUUGUGAGGUUCGAAUAGUCACUUUUUCGAAGAAAACACCGAAUCAAGAGACCGUUUUCAAAGCUUGUAACAAAAGUGAACUGUUGUUAAAUCCUUUUGACACUGCCAAACUAAUUUUCGGACUUUUCUAAAAUCUUGCACAUUAAUGGCAGUUAGCUUUUAAAUCUAGCUCAAUUUAUGACUUGUACUAUUCCAGAUGUUACGUAAUAAAGUACGUUCCCAAGG